CGACUCUCCCGCUGAAGUAAAGCUUCUUGCAAGGAAAAAACUCCCACAUUCCGAUCGUCGAUCACCUCUUUGAGCAACACUCUCUUGAUCGACGGAUCGCAACGCUAACGAAGUCGCCGAACACGACAAACCUUCGAGAUCAGUCUUGCUUGAGACUUGGAGUGAACUGGAAGUGUUUUUCCCUCUAGUUUGUAGUGGAGCGGCCGUUUGAAGAAAAAAAAAAGGAAAAAAGGCAAAAAGCAGCAGAGUCUUGGGAAGAGCAAGAGCACCAAGUUGGCUAGUGUUGGAAGCUCCCCUUUGAACGGGUGUGGAAAACGGGGAGCAACAUUUGGCUGCUAAGCAAACUACACACAGUGCAAAGGUGUGCGCAAGAUUUGAUGCUGAAUAUAGCAGGCUUACGAUCACGGUUGUGUGCAGAAGGUGGCAACAGAAACGUGUUGAAAGUGCGCUCGUGCCAGUGAUUUUCAAACCUCACAGCAGUGCUGGUGAUUUUUGUGCGAAUUUAAUAAGAAUCUUUGAAACAGUGUAGCGAAAGGAAAACGAUCUUCUACCGAGUUUGUGAAAAGUGGUUACACGAUUCAGUUCAAAACAGCAGGUGAAGCGUAAGGUGCCCCAGUGUCAAAGUGCCCCUGUGUGAGCAAUAAAAGGCCAUAAGGCAAGCAGUUCGUUAAGCGUUAGCGUUUGCUUUAAAGUUGCUCGACGCUCUCUUCGGUUUGCGGCAUUGGAAAGUUGGAACACAUAUCGCCGUCGAGCAAGCAGGAUCGAUCCGAUCGCGUUGGGAUUUUUUUUUUGCGGAUACUGUGCCGUUUUUGUGGAUACAAUAUCGCCGUUGACUGGGCUGCUGGCGUAAAUCGUUUCGUGACCAGGAAGGGGGCAACGAAUCAAACGAAUCUUCCCGUUUCCUUCCCGGUUGCCUUCGUUGAUGGCAACGAGCAGCCAUGGUGAAAAAUGAUGCAUACGCUUAGGAAACAUUCAUCAAUAUUGGCAAAAAUGAAAAUAUUUUUGCCACUAGUGGUGUGGAUAAUUCUGCUAUUUCGAACGACAAACGCACAGCUCUCCGCGUCGCGCAAGCACGUGGGAAUAUUCGGUUUGAAGCAUGAAGUGUUUUUCCUCAACCUCGAGGAUGGCUAUUUCGGUUGUCAAGUCAACGAAUCCACAGACUAUCUGCAGCUUUACGAGCUGUCCAAACUUUGUGAUGGUACAUCGGAUUGCUACAUGGGCUCCGAUGAACUUAGAAAUAAGUUAAAGUGUACAAAUGAUUGUGAUAAAGAUGGCACAGCUUGCUCGAAUGGAGUGUGCUUAGACGGUCAAUGCCACUGCAAUGAUGGUUUUGGCGGCUGUAAUUGCCAAGUUCCGGAUGAAAACGAAUGUAAAUAUCGACCCUGUGACGUUUUCGCCCACUGUACGAACACCCUAGGCAGUUUCACCUGUACGUGCUUUCCUGGCUAUCAAGGCGAUGGUCUUCACUGUGAAGAUAUCGACGAGUGCCAGGAUCCAAACAUUGCCCAGCGAUGUGUGGAAAAUGCCGAAUGUUGCAACUUACCAGCGCACUUUGUGUGCAAAUGCAAACCCGGCUUCGAAGGCGACGGUGAAGAGCGAUGUGCAGAUAUCAACGAAUGCUUGGAUCCGCAAGCUUGUGGCCUGAACGCGGAGUGCGUCAACCUGCCCGGCAACUACACCUGUCAGUGCCGGGAAGGAUACUAUGGCGAUCCGUACAACGGGUGCAUCGAUGUGGACGAGUGCGUUCAGCCCGGCGUUUGCGGACCAGGUGCCAUAUGUACGAACCUUGAGGGUGGUUAUCGCUGCGACUGCCCGCAAGGAUUCGAUGGAGAUGCACGCUCGGCUCAGGGUUGUCUUGAUUACGAUGAGUGCGCACGAUCACCGUGCGGCCGAAAUGCGCUUUGCCGGAAUGAGGUGGGCAGUUUCAGGUGCGAAUGUCAGCAGGGUUUUUCCGGUGAUCCGAUGACGGACUGUCAAGACGUUGACGAGUGUUCCGGUAAUCCGUGUGCGGAUGGUGCGAUUUGCAUCAACUCACCCGGGGGCUAUCGGUGCAAAUGUCCACCUGGAUUGACGGUUACGGACGACGGCAAGUGUACGGACAUCAACGAAUGUGCGAAAGCGAACGCUUGCGGAGAGAACGCGAAAUGCAUCAACUUUCCCGGAUCGUACAAGUGCUUGUGUCCUCAGGGAUACGAAGGACGCGGUGAAUUGUUCUGCAAAAAUGUAAACGAAUGCCUUGAUAAUCCAUGCGGGGAAAAUGCGAUAUGCACGGACACGGUGGGGAGCUUUAUUUGUUCAUGCAAACCAGAAUACACCGGUGACCCCUUCCGGGGCUGCGUAGAUAUAGACGAAUGCAGUGCGUACGAGAAGCCGUGUGGCGAGCAUGCGAUAUGUGAGAACGCUUCGCCAGGGUAUAAUUGUCUCUGCCCGCAAGGAUAUGUGGGUCGGCCAAAUGCUAAGGUGGCCUGCGAACAGGCUGAUGUGAACGUGCUCUGCACGAGUGCUUUCGACUGCACCAACAACGCGGAAUGUAUCGAGGGUCAGUGUUUCUGUCAGGAUGGGUUCGAACCGCAAGGCUCGGUCUGUGUUGAUAUCGAUGAGUGUCGAAGUGGCAUACGGUUCGGAAAGGGAUCCGGUGCGGGAGUUUGUGGACCGUCCGCAGUGUGUGUUAACAUACCCGGCUCGUAUCGGUGUGAGUGUGAAGCAGGCUUCAUCGGUACACCGCCCCGAGUUCCCUGCAAGCCGCCCUGUGCUGAUGUAAAGUGUGGCAAAAAUGCGUACUGCAAGGCGGAAGGUCAAGAAGCGUUCUGUAUCUGCGACGAGGGCUGGACGUUCAAUCCAUCGGACAUAGCGGCCGGAUGCGUCGAUAUCGACGAAUGCGAUCCGGCACAGGGACCGAACGGGCGCUGUGGUUUGAACGCCAUCUGCACCAACCAUCCAGGUAGCUACAGCUGCACGUGUCCACCAGGAUUUACGGGUGAGGCAACGCGCCAAUGCCAGGAUGUGGACGAGUGUACCAGACCCGGCGCAUGUGGGGUUAAUGCGCUUUGCAAGAAUCUCGAAGGAUCACAUCAGUGUAGCUGUCCGGCGGGUUCGAUUGCCGAUCCGGAUCCAAGCAUACGCUGCAUCAGCAUUGUCGCCUGUUCCAAAGACACGGACUGUCCCGGCAAUGCGGUAUGUGAUCAGCAAAAGCGAUGUCUCUGUCCGGAACCAAACGUAGGCAAUGACUGUCGGCAUCCGUGCGAGAAGGUUACGUGCGGCCCGAACGCGCACUGUAUGUUAGUCCCAGGCGGUGGAGCACAGUGUCUAUGCAGUGAAGGAUAUACGGGGCAACCGGGUCAGUGUGUGGACAUUAAUGAGUGCGGAGCAAACCCCUGUCCCAGCGGGGCUGUUUGUACGAAUCUACCCGGAGGUUACACUUGCCAGUGUCCGGGUGGUAGCUCGGGCGAUCCAUACUCGGGUGGUUGCUCGAAGUCAGCACUUAAUGCAUGUGGCGAAAAUAGUCCCUGUCCGGCAGGGGAAAAAUGUAUCCUUGAUGCGUACAGUGGUAACAGUGUGUGUAUCUGUGGCCAAGGCUACAAACGUGAUGCGAAGGGAGCUUGUCGUGAUGUGGAUGAGUGCGGGGACAGUACGAAGGCAGCUUGCGGUGUAAACGCUAUCUGUAAGAACUUACCAGGAAGCUACGAGUGUCAGUGUCCGGCUGGAUUCAACGGUAAUCCGUACCAGUCGUGCGAUGAAUGUCAUAGCGCCGAGUGUCGCUGUGCGGCUCCGUACAAACUGAUGGAUGGUAACUGUGUGCUCGACAGCUGUUCACCGGGCGGAAAAUGUCCCGGCGGAGCGGAAUGUAUCUCCAUUACCGGUGGCGUUAGCUACUGCGCCUGUCCGAAGGGUUUCCGUACGCUCGCGAAUGGUCAUUGCGAAGAUAUCGACGAAUGUGGUGAAGGACAGCAGGUGUGCGGUUACGACGCGAUAUGUCUAAAUACGAUUGGCGGUUUUGAAUGCAAAUGUCCGUUAGGGUACUCCGGUGACCCGUACCAUGGGCUGUGUACUCUGGCUCAGAAACGCUGUGCAGCCGAUCGUGAAUGUGGCGCAAACGAGCGCUGCGUCCAACCUGGCGAAUGUGUUUGUCCACCACCAUACUACAUGGAUGCUUACGAUGGUAACCGAUGCAAGAGCCCGUGCGAGCGUUUCCCGUGCGGUAUGAACGCACGGUGCACUCCAUCCGAUCCACCUCAGUGUAUGUGCGAAGUCGGUUUCAAAGGAGACCCACUGACCGGAUGCAUCGAUGAGGACGAGUGUGCCAACAGUCCUUGUGCGUACGGUGCGCAGUGCGUGAAUCAGCGUGGGGGCUACAAGUGCAUAUGUCCUCCGGGCAUGGUGGGCGACGCCUACAAAGGCGGGUGCAUAUUGGAGCAAGGCUCGGUGAAAAGCCAGUGUCGACGAAACGAAGAUUGCGCUGACACAUUGGCUUGCGAGCGUGGUACAUGCGUAAGUCCGUGCGCAAGUCUGCUUUGCGGAACGAACGCAUUCUGUGAACCGGAAAAGCAUGCAGCAUGGUGCCGUUGCCGUGCGGGCUUCGUCGAGGGACCGAGUGGUGAUUGCGUGUCACAAUGCGAAGGUUACAUGUGCGGACAAGGUGCAAUGUGUAUCGUUUCGAAUACGGGACCAACUUGCAAGUGUCCACCGGGGGAGAUGGGCAAUCCGUUCCCGGGUGGUUCAUGCACCACGGACCAAUGUUCCACCAACAGACCAUGUGCAGAUCCACAGGUCUGCAUCAAUGGACGCUGCAAGCAUAAGUGCGAUGGAGUGAUUUGCGGUGUAGGUGCGACCUGCGAUGUUGCCAGUGGAAAGUGCAUCUGCGAACCAUACUUUGUCGGCAAUCCGGAACUUAUUUGUAUGCCACCCGUAUCGUCACCUGCUUGUGAGCCUUCGUGCGGUCAAAAUGCGCACUGCGAGUAUGGUGUCAUCCAGAACACGUGCGUUUGCAAUCCAGGAACUUCCGGAAAUCCGUACGGACUGUGUGAACCGCAACAGCGCAACAUGUGCAGCCGUAUGCGUUGCGGAACUAAUGCAGAGUGUCGUGACUCGCUUACCUCUGCGGAGUGCAUUUGUCCAGGUGGUUACAGUGGUAAUCCGUACGUUGCCUGCCGAGAUGUGGACGAAUGUUCGACGGUAGGCGUUUGUGGUGAAGGAGCAAUCUGUAUAAACUCGGCCGGUAGCUACGACUGUCGUUGUCGACCGGGAUACGGAGGCAAUCCGUUCGUAAUGUGCUCGGCAAUCGAAAAAACUGUCUGCGACAACCCAAGACAGUGUCAGUGUAGCAAGAAUGUACAAUGUCCUCCCGGGUAUAGCUGUCAGCGCGGUGUUUGCAGGAACCUGUGCGCCAAGACAAGCUGCGGCCCAAGAGCAGCCUGUGACUCGGGUCGAUGCAUCUGUCCGCCUGGAUACGCGGGCAAUGCAACAGACCUCAAGGCGGGGUGCGUUCUCGAAGGACAAUGCGACAGUGAUGCAGAUUGUGAAAGCUCCAAAAUAUGUUUUCAAACAAGCAAGGGUUUACGACGAUGUGUGGAUGCCUGCAGUAAGGUGCAGUGUGGCCCGAACGCACUUUGUGUAUCGAAUGAUCAUCGUAGCACGUGCAUUUGUGCUCCGAGCUAUGUGGGUAAUCCCGGAGAUCUUACGGUGGGAUGCCAGCAGGAAGCAAAGUUGGUAGCGGAAUGUAAAUCUGACGGUGACUGCAAGUCUGGCCACGUAUGCACUGUCACUGAGAAUGGACUACACGCAUGUGUUAAUCCGUGUAAUGCGGUUGAGUGUGGUGUGCACGAAGCGUGCACGGUCAAUGAGAAAAAUCAACCGAUUUGUCACUGCCAGAAUGGCUACCGAUGGAACCCGGUUGCAUCGAGCUGCGUGAAACCGUCGAUUCCAGACUGUACCACAGAUGCUGAUUGCCAUCAGGUGGCAGCUUGUCGUCCGGAUGCUGUUGGCGUGCUGAAGUGUAUUGCCGUGUGUACGGAGUUCACAUGCCCACCAAACUCGGUGUGCGUUUCGUCAAAUCAUCAGGGCAGUUGUCAGUGUCUGCCGGGUUACACUGGCAAUCCGAACGACCGCAAUGGCUGUCGUCCGGAACAGCAAAACACCUGUCUCACAAGUGCUGAGUGUGCUGAAUCGGAUACGUGCAUUUUGCACGAGGGAGCGCUUUCUUGUCGACCGGCAUGUGAAGGUGUGCAAUGCGGACCGUUUGCACUGUGUAUCACCAAUAACCAUAAUGCACAGUGCCAAUGCCCACCAGGCUCGUAUGCUGGUGAUCCAUACGAUCUAACCAAAGGCUGUCAGUCGGUGUCGUGCGUCUAUAAUCGUGACUGCCCCUCGAAUCAGCUGUGUAAUCGCAUGACUCACAGCUGUGUAGACGUUUGUCAGGAGGAUACAUGCGGCGAGAAUGCGGUGUGCAUCGCAGAAAACCAUCGUUCGAUAUGCCAGUGUCCUCCGGGCUAUCGCGCGAAUCCGAUCGCCGAUGUAGAAUGCGCACAGGUACGAUCAUGCGAUCCGAAUCCCUGCCAUCCCUCUGCGUCCUGUGAAGCAGGCCCAGACGGAUACGUCUGCAAAUGUCCCGUGGGACAGAUUGGUAAUCCGUUAACGGGAUGUCGUGAUGAAGGUGCUUGCCCUGGAGGGGACAUCGAAUGUCCUGAAGGUGCUGCCUGCGUCAAUGGAAGAUGUACCGAUCCGUGUGUAAAUGCUUGUGGCAUAAAUUCGCAGUGCACGGUUGUUAAUCGGACACCGGUCUGUAGCUGCAAAGCCAAAUAUGUUCCUGGCGCUACAGGGUCGGCACGCGAUGGCUGCGUACGUUUAAGUAAUGGCUGCAUGAGCGAUCUCGACUGCAACGGAGACGUCUGCCAUGGUGGACAGUGUAUGGUGGCGUGCCGCAACACCAAGGAUUGUUCAGCAGGAGAACGCUGUCUCAGCAACAUUUGUGCAGUGCCCUGUUCUGCCCACAGCCAAUGUGCGGAAGGACAAGCGUGUGGCGGUGGCAUAUGUACCAUCGGAUGUCGCAGUAGCCGAGACUGCAGCGGAACUACAGCCUGUAUCGAUUUCAAAUGUACAGACCCAUGUACAGCAGACCGAAAUGCUUGUGGACCGAACGCUUUGUGUUCGAGUGUCGAUCAUGUACCGCAAUGCUCGUGUCCAGCCGGAUUCGAGGGCAAUCCUUCACCCGAGCAAGGUUGCGUACGGAUGCCAACUAACUGUGAGACAUCGGCACAGUGUGCGGCAGGUCACAUGUGCAUCAGAAAUUUGUGCAGUCUGCCUUGCACGGAAACGACACCUUGCGCCAUUGGCGAACGUUGCCACAACAGCGUGUGCGCAAAGGUAUGCUAUACAAACAACAACUGUUUGCCGGGAGAGGUAUGCAGUGAGGCCGGCGUUUGUGUGCCAGGAUGCGGAACCGAUGCUGACUGUCCUUCGCAGCGUGUUUGCCAGGGUGGAAAAUGUAAGUGCAUGAAGGGUUUUAUCGGAACUCCGUUCGGAUGUGCCGAUAUCGACGAAUGUUCUGACGAACCAUGCCAUACAAGUGCGGUCUGCGAGAACAUUCCUGGUUCCUAUCGCUGCCAGUGUCCGGAGGGUGCGGUGGGUGACGCCUAUGCGAAUCCGGGCUGUCGGAAACCGAACCAAUGCCGUAAGGAUGUGGAUUGCUCGGAUGAGUUGGCUUGCAUCGGAGGCAAAUGUCGCAGCCCGUGUAGUACCAAACAGUGUGGACUGAAUGCGGAAUGUCAGGUAGCUGGACAUCAGGCGGAAUGCUUCUGUCCUGCGGGAUAUCUGGGCGAUGCUACAGAUCGAGAGACUGGAGUUGGAUGCUUCAAGGUGGAGUGUGUGCACAACGAAGACUGUGGAGUGGAUCGUGCCUGCAGUGACGAAUCAAACCGGUGCAUUAAUCCAUGUGAACAGAUCAACUGUGGUCGGGGAACGUGCCAAAUCGUAGAUCAUGAAGCGACCUGCACCUGUUACCAAGGUUAUACAUUCGUAAACGGCAAAUGCGAAGACAUCGAUGAAUGUGCUGAAAAAAAGACUGGGCCUUGCCACGAGAGUGCCGUGUGUGAGAAUCUACCCGGGAACUAUCUUUGCUCCUGUCCGGUUGGUCUGGUAGGCGAUCCUGUCUCCGCCGGUUGCAAGCGGGCCGACGAGUGCAUCUCCAGCGAAGAUUGUCCUAGUGGCGCGGUGUGUAUUAAUGCGCAUUGCAAAAAUCCCUGCGCGGAAGAGAAUGUAUGUGGUGAAAAUGCACUUUGUACGGUAGUCGGAGAACGUGCCACUUGUGAGUGUCCUCCAACAACGCGUGGUGAUCCGAAGGUAGCCUGCCGGAAACUCGAAUGCACUACUGCGGAUGAGUGUACGGCAGAUAGAACGUGCAUCGGAUAUCGUUGCAUCGAUCCAUGUUCGUUGAAGAGUGCGUGCGGCACAAACGCAAACUGUGUCACUAAAAACCAUUUGGCUAUAUGUUCGUGUCAGCCAGGCACGACCGGAAACCCCCUGCUGGGUUGUGUAGCGUUACAAUACUGCAACAACGACCUGCAGUGUCCGACCGGAACGAAGUGCAGUGCUGGAGUGUGUUGCUCACUGUGUGCCACCAAUCGUGACUGUCUGGAUGAUCAACUCUGCAUACAGGGCGUCUGCCAACCGACCUGUCGCACAAACACAACUUGUCCCGACUUUCAAUACUGCCACAAUGGUAUCUGCACGAAAGAGUUUAAAUGCCGUGCGGACGAUGAAUGCGACGCGGACGAAAUGUGCGUCACAGAUUCGAGCGGGCGCUCCGAAUGUCGAAAUGCCUGCAAUACGGGACGAGUGCUGUGCGGUCGCAAUGCGGACUGUACUGCGCGUAAUCACGUGGCUGAGUGUGAGUGUAAGCAAGGGUUCUUCCGAGACGCGGCCGGUAUAUGUCGGAAGGUGGAAUGCGCAAAUGAUGAGGACUGCUCUUCGGAUAAGGUGUGCGAUAAUCACGCGUGCAAGAUAGCCUGUCUAACGAGUGAAACACCGUGUGGCACUAAUGCGUUGUGUUCGGCCGAGAACCAUCGACAGGUGUGCUACUGUCAGCCAGGCUUUACGGGUGAUCCGAAGCGCGGAUGCUCGUUGAUUGAUUUCUGUAAGGAACGACCUUGUGCGCCGAAUGCCAAGUGUCGCAACAGCAGAGGCUCCUAUCGGUGCUCCUGCCCGGCUGGGCUUGUCGGUGAUCCGUAUCAGGGUGGCUGUAAGAAAGCAGCCGAAUGUGAACGUGAUAGUGACUGUCCGGAUGCGGCCGAGUGCGUACAAGAGAGCGGUGAAUCGAAGUGUCGCGAUGUGUGCGCAAACGUUGCAUGUGGCCCGAAUGCUGAGUGUGCAGCCCGAAACCAUAACGCUGGCUGUAAAUGCCGGUCACGGUUCGAAGGUGAUCCGAAAGAUCUUACGAACGGCUGUAAACCAAAACCACAGUCUUGCAAGCGCAACAAUGACUGCCCGGAAAACUCAUACUGUCAUGGACAGAUUUGCAAACCGGCCUGCUCUGAAACGGACGAAUGCAACCAGGACGAGGUGUGCUCGAAUGGACAAUGCAUCAACCCGUGUCACGAAGUAAAUGCUUGCGGUAUGAAUGCCGAAUGUUUGAUGGGAGCUCAUACGAAACAGUGUUCCUGUCCAGCAGGUUUCACUGGAGACCCGGCCGUCGAAUGUGUGCGAGUUCCAAUAUCGUGUGCAUCCAGUACAGACUGUGUAGAUGGAAGCAUCUGCAAAGAAUCCAUGUGUUUGCCUCGAUGCAGAAACGAUCAGGAAUGUGCACUGAACGAAAAAUGUCUACAGGGCAGUUGUAUGCUUACCUGCCGUCUCGAUAACGAUUGCUUCUUAGGCCACAUCUGUCUAACCGGACGUUGUGUUUACGGAUGUCACGCUGAUAGUGACUGCAGUGCAAGCGAAACCUGUCGCGACAACAGAUGUGUUAAUCCUUGUUCGGAAAAUCCUUGCGGACCGAACGCCGCAUGUACGGUGGUAAACCAUCGGGCGAGCUGUUCCUGCUUCAAUGGCAUGGUACCAAGUCCGACGGCAAAGGUAGGCUGUGUUCGUGCCCCGGCCCUACAGUGUUCGGAGAAUCGUGACUGCGCUGAUGGUACAUCUUGUAUUGAUCGACUGUGCCGUCCGGUGUGUGGUAACGAUCAAGGUUGCCUCAACAACGAACGCUGUGAUGGUGGUUCGUGCAAACCAAUCUGCCGCAAGGAUGAUGAUUGUCGUACGGGUGAAAUCUGUCAAGGACAAACGUGUAUGAUCGGUUGUCGAUCGGACAGUGGAUGUUCAGAUCAUUUGGCCUGUAUUGGACAGCAGUGUGUAGACCCAUGCCAGGAACCGACAGCUUGCGGAACUAACGCCGAGUGUGUAGUUGUAUCGCACAAGAAGCAGUGCAGCUGCCCGGGUGGGUUAGUGGGUGAUCCAUUCAACUUGGGCUGCCGUCAGGAGACGCACCUCUGUCAAACACGCACAGACUGCCCGAAAGGACAGGCAUGUUACGGCGGUACGUGUAUGCAAACGUGUCGCAACGAUCAAAACUGCUUGGCAGAUGAGCGAUGCGUACGGGGAACUUGCCGAACGGUCUGCAACAGUGACGCAGCUUGUGGUAACGGGCUUAUCUGCGAGGGACGCAUCUGUCAGGCAGGUUGCCGAUCGGACAACCAGUGUGCCACAAAUCAGGCAUGCAUCAACAAGAAAUGUACGGAUCCGUGCGGAACACUAGGACAGUGUGGCUCCUGUUCGGAGUGCACGGUAAUUGAUCAUGGUGUGCAGUGCAGCUGCCCGCAUGGUUAUCUUGGCAAUCCGUUACUUUCGUGUAGUCCACCGGCAGAGAAAUGCAACGCCCAAUGUAGCUGCGAUGAAGAUGGCAUGUACUGUGUGAAGAGUUGUCGCCAGACGAAGGAUUGUGGCUGCGGUCAAACUUGUCAUCGAGGCAAAUGUCGCACCAAAUGCAGUCCGGGCAACUGUCCGGCGGGAUUGCUGUGCCAGAAUGGUGCUUGUGUAGCCGGUUGUCGUACAAGUGCUGACUGUCCCAGUGAUCGGUCCUGUACGAAUGGAAAAUGUGUGGAUCCGUGUGCCGAUAGCAAAGCAUGUGGCAAGAAUGCCCUGUGUCAGGUGUCCGAUCAUCGUUCACUGUGCUUGUGUCCAGAUGGCUUCCAAGGUGAUCCGUCGGUGGGUUGCGCACAAUAUGAAUGUCAAACCAACGAUGACUGUGAAUUGGACAAGAAAUGUGCGAGCGGCAAGUGUAUCAAUCCGUGUCUCAUUCCGGGCGCAUGUGGUUUGAAUGCACAGUGUCGGGUCGUGAACCGACAAGCGCAAUGUAGCUGCACACCGGGCUUUUUCGGGAAUGCGCGUCAAGAGUGUCAACCGGUGCAAAAGAAGAGCUGUGCCCAGAACCCCUGCGGCGAUAAUACCGUGUGCCGGGAGGAUGAGCAAGGUUACGAGUGUUCCUGCCAGCCAGGUUGCGUCGGUGAUCCUCGACAGGGUUGUCUGUGCGAGGGAAAGCUUAAGAAAGACGAUUGCGAACAGUACGCAUGUGGUACGAAUGCGGUCUGCCGCAUGACCGAAUGGGGAGCACCGUCCUGUGUCUGUUUGCCGACACACCCAUACGGAGAUCCGUACAUGUCAUGCAUGCAAGACGAUACUGCGAUCGAUUGCCGUACUACCGGGUGCGUAGAGGGAGAGUGUGUUCGUGAUGGUGCCAAGUUUAUCUGCCGCAAAGACGAAUCCUGUGCGAACGAUUUACAAUGCGCAAAUGAUAAGGCUUGCAUAGGAGGCAAAUGCUCCGAUCCAUGCUCGCUGCGGGGCGCAUGCGGUGACAAUGCGCUCUGUCAAACGGUACUGCACAGACCAAGAUGCUCAUGCCCGAACUGCUACAUCGGCCGACCGAACGUCGAAUGCAAACCGGAUCCCAAAUGUGAAGAAGUGACCACACCAAGACCGAAUGACCCGAAGAUAGUUUCAGUGGCAUGCGAGACAAACGACGACUGCCACGAAAGUCUGCGCUGCGACGCCAGCGGGCAGUGCAGCGAUCCGUGCACGGUACCGGCACCGUUUGUAUGUGACGCCAACAAGAAAUGUGUCUCGCGCCGCCAUCGACCCAGCUGCGUUUGUACGCACGGUUUCAUCGUGAAUGACAGUGGGGAGCUCGUGUGCGCACCCGAAAAGCGCGAAUGCUUCGGUGACGAUGGCUGUGCCUCGAACAUGGCCUGUCUCGAAGGUCGUUGUCUGAAUCCAUGCUUUGGCAACGGUAAGCGCAGCGCUCCCUGUCCGGACGACAAGGCUUGCGUUGUGGUGGACCACAGACCAACGUGCGUAUGCAUGAAGGAUUGCAGUCCAUCACUGUCGAUCUGCUUGCGCGACAGCGGUUGUCCGGAUGAGUUGGCCUGCCGCAAUUAUCAGUGCGUCAAUCCGUGCGAGACGACCACUUGUGCCGAAGACACGCCAUGCUAUGUCGAAGAUCACAAACCAAUCUGUAAAUUCUGCCCGCCCGGCUUCGUAAAAGAUGUCCGACAUGGAUGUUUGAAAGAACUAGGAUGUAGACAUAGCAACGAGUGUCCUUUGGAAAGAUCGUGCAUCAACGGCAUUUGCGUUGAUCCAUGUCGAUCUGGUAAUCCUUGCGAUGUUGGAGAAGAAUGUGAAGUGCAAAAUCAUGAAACAGUUUGUGUAAAACUAUGCCAAUGUGAAAAGGCAGCAGACUGUGGUCGUGGGUUGCUGUGUGAUGGGUGUAACUGUGUGCAAAAGGACACCGACCGUACAACGGGUUGUGAGCAUUGUCCGCCAGGCAUUCCAUGUGAUCCUAUUACUGGAGGUUGCGUCAAGGAACCACCAGGGUCACCGAAAAUUCCCGAGCCUUGCCAAUCUGAUAACGAUUGUCUAGAUAAUGAAGCGUGUUACAUGGGCUUAUGCGAAAAUCCUUGCUUAUUCGACGGCGUUUGUGCGGAAACAGCUACAUGCCAAGCUAAAAUGCAUCGUCCUAUUUGCACAUGUCCCCCAGGACUUGAGGGUAAUCCAACCAUCAAGUGCACAGUGCUGGAGCCAAUACAAUGCACCACAAAUGAUGAAUGUUCACUUACGGAAGCCUGUGUUGGAAACGUGUGCCAUAGACCGUGUGAUGUAAAGAAUCCUUGUACAACGAAUGCAGUUUGCAUCAAUACUAAUCACGGUACUGACUGCAGUUGCAUCGACGGAUAUCAUGGCAACGGUUUUGUGCAAUGUAUUCCAGUUACCACAGUUGGUUCGGUUUGCCAAUACAACGAAGAUUGUCCACCGGAUAAGCUUUGUGAUCGAUUGAACCGUGUCUGUAUUAAUCCAUGUCAAAGCGAUUCCUGUGGCGAUAAUGCAGAUUGCUAUCCAGUUAACCAUGGAAUUGAUUGUCGGUGCAAACCAGGUUACGCUGGUAAUGCUUACAUAGAAUGUACACAGCCUCAAGAAUGCCUAUCUGAUCGUCAGUGCAACGAUAACGAAGCGUGCGUUAAUGGACGUUGCGCAUCACCCUGCCAAUGUGGACCUAAUGCUAUGUGCGAUGUGAAGAAACAUAAAGCAAUCUGCCGUUGCCCACCAGGGUACGGUGGUAAUGCACGUAUCGGAUGCAAUCCACCAAGCAACCCAUGUGAUCCAAAUCCAUGCGGAAUCAAUGCAAUGUGCGAAAUAGACAACGGCAACCCUGUGUGCUUCUGCCCGCGUGGAUUAACCGGAAAUCCAUUUAAGAAUUGCAUUCCCGAAGGUGAUGAGUGCACUCCCAAUCCAUGCGGCCCCAACUCAGGAUGUCGCAAAAUUAACGGUAAAGCUACGUGUUUCUGUUUACCAGAAUUUGAAGGAAAUCCACCUCAUACCGCAUGCACACUGCCACAAAAUCCAUGCGUGCCGUCACCGUGUGGGCCUAACACACAGUGCACAAUACUGAGCAAUGGUUAUGCAAAAUGUACUUGUGUUCCAGGAUACAUCGAAAGUCCCAAUACAAUUCGCGGUUGUGUCGAACCUUCUUCGCCGUGCGAUCCAAAUCCAUGCGGCUUUGGGGCAAUAUGCGACGCUACGCGGAAUCCUGUAUGUUACUGUCCCGAUUCGAUGAUCGGCAACCCAUAUCGCAGCUGUUUCGAACCAGUUAUGACACCGGAACUGUGUCAACCUGGACCAUGUGGUGCGAAUUCCGAUUGUUAUGUCGCAGAAGGCAGGGAACAGUGCUACUGUAAGUCGAACUUUAUUGGAGAUCCUUACGGCGGAUGCGUUGAGCAACCAAAAUCAGUUUGCGAACCAAACCCAUGCGCACCUGGAGCCGAGUGUGUGCUGCUAGUGGAUGGUUCUCCGGGAUGCCGUUGCCCACCAGGUUUGAGUGGAGAUCCAACGACGACCGGUUGUCAUGCAUUCGAAUGUCUCAACGAUGACCAAUGUGUAGCAGAUAAGGCUUGUAUUGGACUGCGGUGUUCUGAUCCGUGUCCAGGAUCAUGUGGUACAGGAGCUCAUUGUCGUGUAGAGAAGCAUCAUCCAGUAUGUUUCUGUGACGCUGGUUUGACAGGCAAUCCCGCUAUUCAAUGCUACAGUUUAGAUGAGCGGCCUCGAGACGCUUGUAAUCCUAGCCCGUGUGGCGCAAAUGCUCGAUGCAGUAUGAGGAACAAACGACCAGUUUGUAAAUGCCUAACAAAUUAUCAUGGUGAUCCACGUAAAGGCUGCAAACCUGAAUGUGAUAUCAAUUCCGACUGUACACCUGAUAAAUCUUGCGUCAAUCAUAAGUGUGUUUCACCUUGUGCACUAGGAACGGUCUGCGGAGUGAAUGCGGAAUGCAGUGUUAAUUACCAUACACCAAUGUGUAAAUGUCCUUCGGGUUACACCGGAGAUGCGUUCGUACAAUGUGUUCCGAUACCAGAGGACAGAAAUAUGACUAGACAACCCUGCCUGUCGGAUCCGUGUGGUCCGGGAGAAAUUUGUUCAAUCUAUGGGAACGAUGUAGCACUUUGCGAUCCGUGUGUAGCCCCGGAUGCUAUUCACAAUCCUCGAUGUCGACCACAGUGUGUGUUGAAUACAGAUUGUCCGUUCAACAUGGCUUGUCUGCAGUCACAGUGUCAAGAUCCUUGUCCAGGAUCGUGUGGAUAUAACGCGCUCUGCACCGUAGAACGUCAUCGACCGGUUUGCUAUUGUCCGCCAAACAUGCACGGAAACCCUUACGAGCAGUGCAAACCACAGGAAAGUCCACGAGAAACUUGCGAUAGCAUACGCUGUGGUGCAAACACACAAUGUAAACAACAAAACGGAGUUUUGGCAUGUGUGUGUAAGAAAAAUUACUACGGAGACCCAUUAGUGGGCUGCCGACCGGAAUGCGUACUUAAUACCGAUUGUCCGAUCAGUAAGGCAUGUGUGAACUCACGUUGCGUUGAUCCGUGUGUUGAUGCAUGUGGUGUAAACGCGCAAUGUAAAGUUGUAAAUCAUUUGCCAAUAUGUUACUGUCCGCCCACGCACACCGGCGAUGCACUGGUUGCGUGCACGGAACGCACAUAUCUUCCUCCGGAUAAUACGCCUUGUGACCCUAACCCAUGUGGUCCGAACAGUAAAUGUCGCUCUACACCUGAUGGAUAUGCCAUCUGCUCGUGCUUGCCGGGAUACCGUGGAGUACCGCCCGCCUGCCAGGCAGAAUGCAUGAUCAAUGCAGAAUGUCCACAAAACAAAGCAUGUAUCAACCUGAAAUGUGCCGAUCCAUGCCCGGGUACGUGUGGUGUCGGUGCACGAUGUGAAGUAUUAAACCAUAAUCCGAUAUGUAGCUGCGGUGCUAACCAACAGGGUGAUCCGUUUGUCAUUUGUGAGUCUCGCCAGAAUGAACCACCGAAGGAGCAAAGAAACCCUUGUGACCCAUCGCCAUGUGGACCCAACUCAUUAUGUCAGGUACGCGGCCGGCGACCGGUGUGCUCGUGUCAACCAAACUUCAUUGGGUCUCCGCCCGCCUGCCGACCAGAGUGUGUGCUGAGUUCAGAGUGUCCCCAGGAUAAGGCGUGCAUUAACGAGAAGUGUCAAAAUCCAUGUGCCAACGCUUGCGGAGCGAAUGCUGACUGUCACAUUGUAGCACACUCAGCGUUCUGCAGCUGCCGUGCAGGAUUUGAGGGAGAUGCUUUCAUCGGUUGCUCUGCUGUUCCGAAGGACACGCCAAGGGAUGUUUGUUAUCCGAACCCAUGUGCAGAAAAUGCUAUAUGCAGUGAACAUAACGGUGCUGCAAAGUGUACGUGCAUAACACCAUAUCUGGGAGAUCCAUACAAUACCGGAUGUCGACCCGAAUGCGUUUUGAACUCUGACUGCCCUAGCCAAGCAGCGUGUGUUAAUCAGCAUUGCCGUGACCCGUGUCCAGGUGUAUGCGGUACAAACGCUGAUUGUACCGUCGCUAAUCAUAUACCAGUAUGUGAAUGUAGCCGAGGAUACGUAGGUGAUCCGUUCCGUGGUUGUCGUAAGGAUAUUCCUCCACCAGUAGCACCCAAAGAUCCAUGUGCUUCUUGUCCAUCUAAUAGUGUGUGCCGUGUAGUAGGAGGACGACCAACUUGCUCCUGUGCCGAGGGAUACCGAGGAACACCACCGGCAUGCAGACCGGAAUGCUCCAGUAAUGAGGAAUGUUCACAUGAUCGUAGCUGCAUUAACUUGAAAUGCAAAGAUCCCUGUCCUGGUUUGUGCGGAAUAAACGCACAGUGUCAAGUUAUCAACCAUAAACCGUUUUGCAGCUGCCAGCGUGACAUGAUUGGCAAUCCAUUCGAUCAGUGCUACCCUAAACCAGCAGAACCGAUACAUCCUUGUCAGCCAAGCCCGUGUGGAGCGUACUCUGAAUGUCGUGAAAUUGAUAACCGUGCAGUGUGCACUUGUGCUGCCGGUAUGCUGGGUGCUCCACCAAAUUGUAGGCCGGAGUGCGAAACGGAUCAAGAUUGUCCGUCGAAUCGUGCAUGUUUCAACCAGAAAUGUCGCGAUCCGUGCGUAGGAUCGUGUGGCUACAAUGCGGAGUGUGUUGCUCGCAACCAUCGGCCGGAAUGUUAUUGUGCUAAUGGUUUUGAAGGAGAUCCAUAUAGUGGUUGCAAUCCAGUCGCAAUUAAACGGGAUGAAGUUAUUGAACCUUGCAAUCCGUCACCUUGCGGAUCAAAUGCGAUCUGCAAGGAUCGUAACGGUGCUGGUUCGUGUGCAUGCAUGCCCAAUUAUUUUGGUGAUCCAUACGUCAACUGCCGACCGGAAUGUGUUCAAAGUUCAGAAUGUCCGUCAUCCAAGGCAUGCGUUAACAUGCGCUGUAUUGAUCCAUGUCUUGGUACAUGCGGUCCGAAUAGUGAAUGUCGUGUACAUAACCACUCGCCGUACUGUAGCUGUAGUCCUGGUUAUACAGGCAAUCCAUCACAGGCUUGCCGUCCUAUUGUGGUAGAAAACCUUCCCGCUCGUCAUCCAAUUGAUCCCUGUUCACCGUCUCCAUGCGGACCGUACAGCAUAUGCAGGGUGCUAGACGGCCAUCCGGUGUGCUCGUGUCAAAUCAGUUGUUCUGGUGUUCCUCCCAACUGUCGUCCAGAGUGUCUUAUCAAUGCAGAAUGUCCGCGCGAUAGAGCUUGCCUGAACCAGCGAUGUAUUGAUCCUUGCCCUGGUACAUGCGGCAUGAAUGCACGGUGCCGUAUGGUGAAUCACAAUCCUAUUUGCAGCUGUAAUGCUGGAUUUACCGGUGACCCGUUUGUGCAGUGUUCACUAGAGCCAAGACAACCUGUGUUAGAGGAAGAGUACAGGAAUCCAUGUCAACCAUCGCCAUGUGGAGUUAAUUCUUUGUGCAAAGUGCACAACAAUCGUGCUGUUUGUUCAUGUCUGCCUAAUUACGUGGGCCGUCCGCCAAACUGUAGACCCGAAUGUACCGUGGAUUCUGAAUGUCCUAUGAAUUUGGCCUGCAUCAAUGAAAAAUGCCGCAAUCCUUGCCUUGGAUCAUGUGGAGUAAAUACCGAAUGCGUGGUAGUUGCCCACAAACCUUUAUGUAGCUGCACACCAGGCUACAGUGGGGAUCCUUUCGCUGGAUGCAGCAUCAUUCAGAUUGUUCAAGAAGAAACUCCCAUGCCAUGUAAUCCCAGCCCGUGUGGAGCGAAUGCUAUUUGCAAAGAGCGUAAUGGUGCAGGAUCAUGCGCCUGUGCACCGGAAUAUUUUGGGGAUCCGUACGUUGGAUGUCGUCCAGAGUGUGUUAUGAAUAGCGAUUGCCCUAGAACUCGAGCCUGCAUUAAUAACAAAUGUCAAGACCCGUGCCCUGGAACAUGUGGUGUUAAUGCCGAAUGUCACGUUGCAAAUCAUUCUCCGAGCUGCGUUUGCUUGGCAGGAUUAAUAGGAAACCCAUUCACUGAAUGUAGGCCCAAACCUGAAAUUCGAGAUGAGCCAGUAGUUCAACCAUGUCAACCCUCGCCUUGUGGUCCGAAUAGCGUUUGUCGCGUAUUGAACAACCAUGCCGUGUGCACUUGCCAGCAGAACUUUAUUGGUUCUCCACCGAACUGUCGCCCCGAGUGUGUGGUCAGCUCAGAGUGUUCUCUAGACAAAUCAUGCGUCAAGACUAAAUGUACGGAUCCCUGCCCAGGGACGUGCGGUUUUAAUGCAAGAUGUCAGGUAGUAAACCACAAUCCGAUAUGCAGUUGCAAGGCUGGUUUUACUGGAGAUCCUUUCGUGCGAUGUGUACCAGAAGAACGGCGUCCAGUUGUACAGGAAACACCCGCCGAUCCUUGCAUUCCGUCUCCGUGUGGACCGAAUUCUCAGUGUAAAGCGGUUGGCCAUACUGCCGCCUGCUCUUGUCUUCCUAAUUACAUCGGACGUGCACCAAAUUGUCGCCCUGAAUGUACUUCCAACUCACAGUGUACGCCAAUGAAGGCUUGUAUUAACGAGCGGUGCGGCGAUCCUUGUCCUGGAUCUUGUGGCUCGAAUGCGCUCUGUACUGUGCAAAACCAUCAGCCUAACUGUAGAUGUACCGAAGGAUACGAAGGCGAUCCAUACACUUCAUGUGCUCUUGUAAUAAUAUACCGCGAACCAGAAAUUGUAGACCCUUGCAAUCCUUCGCCCUGUGGUAUUAAUGCUGAUUGUAACGUACGCAACAAUGCCGGUUCAUGCACAUGUGUGAAGGAUUACUUUGGUGAUCCUUAUCACGAGUGCCGUCCCGAGUGUAUGCUCAGCUCGGAUUGCGCAAAUACGCGGGCAUGCUUAAACAACAAAUGCGUCGACCCGUGUCCGGGAAUGUGCGGUCUGAAUGCUGAGUGUUUCGUCAUGAACCAUUCACCUUCCUGCGCUUGUUUGGCGGGCUACACCGGCAACCCAUCGCAAGCAUGUCGCGAGAUACCGAAACAAAUUGAACACACACCUAUCGAUCCUUGUCGUCCAUCGCCCUGCGGACCAUAUAGUCAGUGUCGUAAUGUUAACGAUCAUGCCGUCUGUUCGUGCCAGGCCCAAUACAUUGGUACACCACCGGCUUGCCGACCAGAGUGUACAGUUAGCUCUGAAUGCGCUCUGGACAAGGCUUGCAUUAAGCAAUCGUGUCUGGAUCCAUGUCCUGGAACAUGCGGUUUUAAUGCCCGUUGCACGGUGAUUAACCAUAAUCCCAUCUGUAGCUGUCCCUCCGGUUUUACGGGCGACCCAUUCGAACGAUGCGUACCGGAAGAAAAACAAGUGGUUCAAGCUGAACCUACGAAUCCCUGCAUUCCAUCGCCGUGCGGUCCAAAUUCGCAAUGCAGGGCGGUCGGAAACGUCCCGGCAUGUUCCUGCCUACCCAACUAUGUUGGUCGGGCACCGAACUGUCGGCCUGAGUGUACGAUCAAUGCGGAAUGUGCUGGUAAUCUUGCAUGUAUGAAUGAAAAGUGCGCCGAUCCUUGCCCGGGAUCGUGCGGCCCUAAUGCAGUAUGUCACGUGAUCGAACACUCUCCUACCUGCUCCUGCCAAACCGGAUAUACAGGAGAUCCUUUCUCUGGAUGUACAGUUAUUCCUUUAACACCUGUUCGUGAAGAGCCUCGAAAUCCAUGCAACCCAUCGCCCUGUGGAUCGAAUGCAGUAUGUAAGGAACGAAAUGGCGCUGGAUCAUGUACAUGUUUGCCGGAUUACUUUGGCGAUCCGUACAGUGGCUGUCGACCGGAGUGUGUUACCAAUAGCGAUUGUCCCCGCGUGCGAGCCUGUGUAAACAAUAAGUGCGCCGAUCCUUGCCCUGGUGCGUGUGGCAUCGACGCAGAAUGCUACGUUGCUAAUCAUUCUCCAAGUUGUGCUUGCCGACCGGGUUAUACGGGUGAUCCUUUCACUCAAUGUCGUCCACCAGAGCAACCUAAACAAAAUGAACCGAUCAAUCCUUGCUCACCGUCCCCUUGUGGUCCGAAUAGCAUCUGCCGUGAAUCAAACGGCCAUGCCGUAUGCACAUGCCAAUCAAGUUUUAUCGGUACGCCACCGAAUUGCCGACCGGAAUGUAUUGUCAGUUCGGAGUGCGCUCUCGAUAAGGCUUGCAUCGGUCAAAAGUGCAACGAUCCUUGUCCUGGUACUUGCGGACAGAAUGCUCGGUGUCAAGUGGUAAACCACAAUCCGAUAUGUAGCUGCUCGCUUGGUUUCACAGGAGAUCCGUUCGUUCGAUGUGUGCCAGUUGAAAAAGCUCCGGUCGUACAAGAUCCAAUAGAUCCAUGCGUCCCAUCACCUUGUGGACCUAAUUCUGUCUGCCGAGCCAUUGGGACGACGCCUGCAUGUUCUUGUUUACCGAAUUAUAUCGGCCGAGCACCAAACUGCCGUCCAGAGUGCAUGCUCAAUGCCGAGUGCCCCGCUACGUUGGCAUGUGUAAAUGAACGUUGUACUAAUCCAUGUGUGGGGUCUUGUGGUAUUAACGCACGAUGUACAGUUGUGAAGCACAAUCCGAUCUGCGAGUGCGAAACAGGAUUUACCGGAGAUCCCUUCUCUGUCUGUACAGAAAUAAUACCCAAUAUACGAGACGAAGAACCAGUAAAUCCAUGCAAUCCAUCACCGUGCGGAGCUAAUGCGAUAUGUAAGGAAAGAAAUGGAGCUGGAUCAUGUACCUGUAUGCCAGAAUAUUUUGGUGAUCCUUAUACAGGAUGUCGUCCGGAAUGCGUACAGAAUACCGAUUGCGAAAAAUCGAAGGCUUGCAUGAAUAAUAAAUGUCUAGACCCAUGCCCGGGAGUGUGUGGACUUAACGCUGAAUGUGUGGUCCAAAACCACAGCCCAGUGUGCUACUGCUUAGAGGGAUAUACCGGUGAUCCGGCCAGUGUCUGUACGCUGGCUGAGAUUGUAACGGAGCGACCAAAGCUACCCGGCUGCCAACCGUCCCCUUGUGGACCAAACAGUCAGUGUAGAGAAAUCAAUGGACAUCCUGUAUGCUCUUGUCUAGCAGGAUACAUCGGUACGCCACCGAUGUGUCGUCCGGAAUGCGUCGUCAGCUCGGAGUGCAGCCAAGAUCGGGCGUGUGUUAAUAAGAAAUGUGUUGAUCCGUGCCCAGGAACUUGUGGUACAGAUGCACGUUGUCAAGUUGUUAAUCAUAAUCCAAUAUGCAGUUGUCCUCCUGGAUUCACCGGCGAUCCGUUCAUACAGUGUGCCAAGAAAGAGGAACAGAAGGAUAUCGCUCAUGUGAAUCCUUGUGUGCCUUCACCAUGUGGACCUAAUGCGAAUUGCCGAACCGUGGGUAGUCAGCCUGCUUGUUCAUGUGCACCGAACUAUAUCGGAAGACCUCCAAAUUGUCGACCUGAGUGCACAAGAGACGCUGAAUGUCCAAGCAAUUUGGCAUGUCAAAACGAAAGAUGUAUUGAUCCUUGUGCGGCUGGAUGUGGUCUGAACGCAGUUUGCAGAGUCAUCAAUCAUAAACCAGUCUGUACGUGUGAUGUAGGUUUCGAGGGAAAUCCUCUUGAACAAUGUAGCCGCAUUUUACCGCCUACCACCGAACGUCUAACGCCUUGUACCCCUUCACCUUGUGGACCGAAUGCUGAAUGUCGAGAGCGUAAUAAUGCUGGAGCAUGUUACUGUUUGGCUGGUUAUGAAGGAAAUCCGUAUGAUGUAUUUUCGGGAUGUCGACGAGAAUGUGACGUGAAUUCUGACUGCUCAGAUAAGCUGGCAUGUGUUCAAUAUAAGUGUGUUGAUCCCUGUCCAGGUGUUUGUGGUGCCCAAGCUUUAUGUGAAAUACAUAAUCAUGUUCCAACGUGUAUAUGCCCAGAAAACAUGGUAGGAGAUCCGUUCGUUCAGUGCAACUUGCGAAUGGCAGAUCCAAUAACGCCAGCUCCACCUGUAUGCGACAAAUUCACAUGUGGUCCGAAUAGCAUUUGUCGUAUCCAAAACGGUGUAGCUGUCUGCAAAUGUCAACCGGAUAUGGUUGGUAGUCCACCAAAUUGUCGGCCAGAAUGCCAACAAAAUAGUGACUGUGAGGCGAGCCGAGCCUGUGUGAACUUCAGGUGUAUAGAUCCGUGUCCUGGUUCAUGUGGCCAAAAUGCUAACUGCAAUAUCAUCAAUCACAAUCCAAUAUGUAGCUGUACACCUGGUUUUACGGGCGAUCCGUUUACUCGUUGCUAUAAAGAAAUCGUUACUAUCUCUACAACAGAGGCUCCAAGAGCGUUAUGCACGCCGUCACCAUGUGGACCAAAUGCCGAAUGUAAAGUUGUUGGAGACAGAGAAGCAUGUUCAUGUUUACCUGGUUAUAUAGGAGCACCGCCAAGUUGCAGACCAGAAUGUAUUUUAAGUACAGAAUGUGCUGAUCAUCAAGCUUGCAUCAGGCAAAAGUGUACAGAUCCAUGUCCGGGAUCAUGCGGACUAAACGCGAAAUGCUCCGUUUCGCGUCAUACGCCGAGCUGCAGUUGUGAUGCUGGAUUUACUGGAGACCCAUUUACUGGAUGUCAAGCCAUUAUCGAAGAUGAACCCGUUAUAAAUCCUUGCAAUCCUAGCCCAUGUGGAGCCAACGCUCUAUGUAGGGAACAAAAUGGUGCCGGAUCAUGUACGUGUAUUGAGGAUCACUUUGGAAAUCCGUACGAAGGCUGUCGUCCAGAAUGUGUGCUCAACUCGGACUGCCCAUCGAAUAGGGCUUGUGUUAGGAAUAAAUGUCAGGAUCCUUGUCCAGGCACUUGCGGUCAGAAUGCUGACUGCCAGGUCGUAAACCAUCUGCCCUCGUGUACCUGUUUCCCCGGAUACGUCGGAGAUCCAUUCAGAUAUUGUAACAUCCAAGAGAGAGAACCGGUACAAGAGUACGUCAAUCCUUGUCAACCGAGUCCUUGUGGUCCCAACAGCCAAUGUCGAGAGGUUAAUGGACAGGCAGUCUGCUCGUGUCUACCCACUUAUGUCGGCUCUCCUCCGGGAUGUCGCCCUGAGUGUGUGGUGAGCUCGGAAUGUGCCUUAGACAAGGCAUGCGUCAAUCAGAAAUGUGUUGACCCGUGCCCUGGAACAUGCGGUACCAAUGCUAGGUGCAACGUCAAUAAUCACAGUCCCAUUUGUUCUUGUCAGUCUGGAUACACAGGCGAUCCGUUCUCGAGAUGCUACCCCAUACCACCUCCGGUGCAAGAUACACCAAUCGUUGUAAGGAACCCAUGCGUUCCGUCUCCGUGCGGUCCAAACUCACAGUGCCGUGAUGUAAACGGCUCUCCUUCAUGUUCAUGCUUGAUCAACUACAUUGGAUCGCCGCCAAAUUGUCGCCCCGAAUGCACAAUUAAUGCGGAAUGUCCGAGCAAUCAGGCAUGCAUGAACGAGAAAUGUCGAGACCCUUGUCCGGGAUCGUGUGGCAUCAAUGCCAGAUGUAAUGUGAUCAACCAUACUCCCAUUUGUACGUGCGAAGAAGGAUACACUGGAGAUCCUUUCACAAGCUGUCGACCCAUGCCACCGCCACGUAAGAAUUUCCCCGCGUUCCUUUGGCUCUCAGAUCUCUCCAUAACGAACCCCCUUCCUCCAACAGCGCCUGAGCCCGUCAAUGAUGAUCCGUGCAAUCCCUCGCCCUGUGGGGCAAAUGCGCAAUGCCAGAACGGUAUUUGCACAUGUUUGCCAGAGUACCAAGGCGAUCCGUACCGAGGCUGCAGGCCAGAGUGCGUUUUGAACUCGGACUGCGCUCGGGACAGGGCCUGUAUUCGUAGCAAGUGUGUAGAUCCUUGUCCGGGUACUUGCGGCCAAGAUGCACUAUGCGAAGUGAUCAAUCACAUUCCGAUGUGCCGAUGUCCGGAUGGAAUGGCCGGAAAUGCUUUUGUGCAGUGUCGGCCACAGCAAGCUCCAGCUGUGACCAAUCCAUGCAGUCCAUCACCUUGCGGUCCUAAUAGCCAGUGUCGCGAAGUCAAUGGACAAGCUGUGUGCUCCUGUGUCCCAGGAUACAUUGGAAGCCCUCCGACAUGUCGUCCGGAAUGCGUUGUGAGUGCUGAGUGUCCUCAGAAUCAAGCGUGUACCAACCAGAAAUGUAGGGAUCCUUGUCCUGGAACAUGUGGAGUAGGAGCCAGGUGCUCGGUUGUGAAUCAUAAUCCAAUUUGCAGCUGCCCGGAAAGAUACACGGGCGAUCCAUUCGUACGCUGUCAGCCAAUGAUCGAGCCUCCGGUACAAAUGACCCCAAGCAAUCCUUGCCAACCGUCUCCUUGUGGACCAAAUGCUCAGUGCCGCCCAGUCGGCGAUUCCCCGUCUUGUACAUGUAUAGAGGGCAUGAUAGGUGCUCCACCCAACUGCCGCCCGGAAUGUGUCAGCAACUCUGAUUGCUCAAACAAUUUGGCAUGCAUACGACAAAAGUGUCAAGAUCCUUGUCCGGGCGCCUGUGGAACUAACGCGGAAUGUAGGGUUGUCAGCCAUACACCUAUGUGCAUUUGUGCCAUUGGAUAUACAGGCGAUCCUUUCACUCAGUGCGUACCGUUCAUACAAGAUACGCCCAAAGAUCAAACGACACCUUGCCUACCCAACCCAUGUGGAGCCAACGCACAAUGUAGGGAACAAAAUGGUGCCGGAUCAUGUACAUGCAUUGAGGAUCACUUUGGAAAUCCGUACGAAGGCUGUCGUCCAGAAUGUGUGCUCAACUCGGACUGUCCAUCCAACAGGGCUUGUGUUAGGAAUAAAUGUCAGGAUCCUUGUCCAGGCACUUGCGGUCAGAAUGCUGACUGCCAGGUCGUAAACCAUCUGCCCUCGUGUACCUGUUUCCCCGGAUACGACGGAGAUCCAUUCAGAUAUUGUAACAUCCAAGAGAGAGAACGUAAGCAACCCUUCAUCGAAUACUACGUCAAUCCUUGUCAACCGAGUCCUUGUGGUCCCAACAGCCAAUGUCGAGAGGUUAAUGGACAGGCAGUCUGCUCGUGUCUACCCACUUAUGUCGGCUCUCCUCCGGGAUGUCGCCCUGAGUGUGUGGUGAGCUCGGAAUGUGCCUUAGACAAGGCAUGCGUCAAUCAGAAAUGUGUUGACCCGUGCCCUGGAACAUGCGGUACCAAUGCUAGGUGCAACGUCAAUAAUCACAGUCCCAUUUGUUCUUGUCAGUCUGGAUACACAGGCGAUCCGUUCUCGAGAUGCUACCCCAUACCACCUCCGGUGCAAGAUACACCAAUCGUUGUAAGGAACCCAUGCGUUCCGUCUCCGUGCGGUCCAAACUCACAGUGCCGUGAUGUAAACGGCUCUCCUUCAUGUUCAUGCUUGAUCAACUACAUUGGAUCGCCGCCAAAUUGUCGCCCCGAAUGCACAAUUAAUGCGGAAUGUCCGAGCAAUCAGGCAUGCAUGAACGAGAAAUGUCGAGACCCUUGUCCGGGAUCGUGUGGCAUCAAUGCCAGAUGUAAUGUGAUCAACCAUACUCCCAUUUGUACGUGCGAAGAAGGAUACACUGGAGAUCCUUUCACAAGCUGUCGACCCAUGCCACCGCCACGUAAGAAUUUCCCCGCGUUCCUUUGGCUCUCAGAUCUCUCCAUAACGAACCCCCUUCCUCCAACAGCGCCUGAGCCCGUCAAUGAUGAUCCGUGCAAUCCCUCGCCCUGUGGGGCAAAUGCGCAAUGCCAGAACGGUAUUUGCACAUGUUUGCCAGAGUACCAAGGCGAUCCGUACCGAGGCUGCAGGCCAGAGUGCGUUUUGAACUCGGACUGCGCUCGGGACAGGGCCUGUAUUCGUAGCAAGUGUGUAGAUCCUUGUCCGGGUACUUGCGGCCAAGAUGCACUAUGCGAAGUGAUCAAUCACAUUCCGAUGUGCCGAUGUCCGGAUGGAAUGGCCGGAAAUGCUUUUGUGCAGUGUCGGCCACAGCAAGCUCCAGCUGUGACCAAUCCAUGCAGUCCAUCACCUUGCGGUCCUAAUAGCCAGUGUCGCGAAGUCAAUGGACAAGCUGUGUGCUCCUGUGUCCCAGGAUACAUUGGAAGCCCUCCGACAUGUCGUCCGGAAUGCGUUGUGAGUGCUGAGUGUCCUCAGAAUCAAGCGUGUACCAACCAGAAAUGUAGGGAUCCUUGUCCUGGAACAUGUGGAGUAGGAGCCAGGUGCUCGGUUGUGAAUCAUAAUCCAAUUUGCAGCUGCCCGGAAAGAUACACGGGCGAUCCAUUCGUACGCUGUCAGCCAAUGAUCGAGCCUCCGGUACAAAUGACCCCAAGCAAUCCUUGCCAACCGUCUCCUUGUGGACCAAAUGCUCAGUGCCGCCCAGUCGGCGAUUCCCCGUCUUGUACAUGUAUAGAGGGCAUGAUAGGUGCUCCACCCAACUGCCGCCCGGAAUGUGUCAGCAACUCUGAUUGCUCAAACAAUUUGGCAUGCAUACGACAAAAGUGUCAAGAUCCUUGUCCGGGCGCCUGUGGAACUAACGCGGAAUGUAGGGUUGUCAGCCAUACACCUAUGUGCAUUUGUGCCAUUGGAUAUACAGGCGAUCCUUUCACUCAGUGCGUACCGUUCAUACAAGAUACGCCCAAAGAUCAAACGACACCUUGCCUACCCAACCCAUGUGGAGCCAACGCACAAUGUAGGGAACAAAAUGGUGCCGGAUCAUGUACAUGCAUUGAGGAUCACUUUGGAAAUCCGUACGAAGGCUGUCGUCCAGAAUGUGUGCUCAACUCGGACUGUCCAUCCAACAGGGCUUGUGUUAGGAAUAAAUGUCAGGAUCCUUGUCCAGGCACUUGCGGUCAGAAUGCUGACUGCCAGGUCGUAAACCAUCUGCCCUCGUGUACCUGUUUCCCCGGAUACGACGGAGAUCCAUUCAGAUAUUGUAACAUCCAAGAGAGAGAACCGGUACAAGAGUACGUCAAUCCUUGUCAACCGAGUCCUUGUGGUCCCAACAGCCAAUGUCGAGAGGUUAAUGGACAGGCAGUCUGCUCGUGUCUACCCACUUAUGUCGGCUCUCCUCCGGGAUGUCGCCCUGAGUGUGUGGUGAGCUCGGAAUGUGCCUUAGACAAGGCAUGCGUCAAUCAGAAAUGUGUUGACCCGUGCCCUGGAACAUGCGGUACCAAUGCUAGGUGCAACGUCAAUAAUCACAGUCCCAUUUGUUCUUGUCAGUCUGGAUACACAGGCGAUCCGUUCUCGAGAUGCUACCCCAUACCACCUCCGGUGCAAGAUACACCAAUCGUUGUAAGGAACCCAUGCGUUCCGUCUCCGUGCGGUCCAAACUCACAGUGCCGUGAUGUAAACGGCUCUCCUUCAUGUUCAUGCUUGAUCAACUACAUUGGAUCGCCGCCAAAUUGUCGCCCCGAAUGCACAAUUAAUGCGGAAUGUCCGAGCAAUCAGGCAUGCAUGAACGAGAAAUGUCGAGACCCUUGUCCGGGAUCGUGUGGCAUCAAUGCCAGAUGUAAUGUGAUCAACCAUACUCCCAUUUGUACGUGCGAAGAAGGAUACACUGGAGAUCCUUUCACAAGCUGUCGACCCAUGCCACCGCCACGUAAGAAUUUCCCCGCGUUCCUUUGGCUCUCAGAUCUCUCCAUAACGAACCCCCUUCCUCCAACAGCGCCUGAGCCCGUCAAUGAUGAUCCGUGCAAUCCCUCGCCCUGUGGGGCAAAUGCGCAAUGCCAGAACGGUAUUUGCACAUGUUUGCCAGAGUACCAAGGCGAUCCGUACCGAGGCUGCAGGCCAGAGUGCGUUUUGAACUCGGACUGCGCUCGGGACAGGGCCUGUAUUCGUAGCAAGUGUGUAGAUCCUUGUCCGGGUACUUGCGGCCAAGAUGCACUAUGCGAAGUGAUCAAUCACAUUCCGAUGUGCCGAUGUCCGGAUGGAAUGGCCGGAAAUGCUUUUGUGCAGUGUCGGCCACAGCAAGCUCCAGCUGUGACCAAUCCAUGCAGUCCAUCACCUUGCGGUCCUAAUAGCCAGUGUCGCGAAGUCAAUGGACAAGCUGUGUGCUCCUGUGUCCCAGGAUACAUUGGAAGCCCUCCGACAUGUCGUCCGGAAUGCGUUGUGAGUGCUGAGUGUCCUCAGAAUCAAGCGUGUACCAACCAGAAAUGUAGGGAUCCUUGUCCUGGAACAUGUGGAGUAGGAGCCAGGUGCUCGGUUGUGAAUCAUAAUCCAAUUUGCAGCUGCCCGGAAAGAUACACGGGCGAUCCAUUCGUACGCUGUCAGCCAAUGAUCGAGCCUCCGGUACAAAUGACCCCAAGCAAUCCUUGUCAACCGUCUCCUUGUGGACCAAAUGCUCAGUGCCGCCCAGUCGGCGAUUCCCCGUCUUGUACAUGUAUAGAGGGCAUGAUAGGUGCUCCACCCAACUGCCGCCCGGAAUGUGUCAGCAACUCUGAUUGCUCAAACAAUUUGGCAUGCAUACGACAAAAGUGUCAAGAUCCUUGUCCGGGCGCCUGUGGAACUAACGCGGAAUGUAGGGUUGUCAGCCAUACACCUAUGUGCAUUUGUGCCAUUGGAUAUACAGGCGAUCCUUUCACUCAGUGCGUACCGUUCAUACAAGAUACGCCCAAAGAUCAAACGACACCUUGCCUACCCAACCCAUGUGGAGCCAACGCACAAUGUAGGGAACAAAAUGGUGCCGGAUCAUGUACAUGCAUUGAGGAUCACUUUGGAAAUCCGUACGAAGGCUGUCGUCCAGAAUGUGUGCUCAACUCGGACUGUCCAUCCAACAGGGCUUGUGUUAGGAAUAAAUGUCAGGAUCCUUGUCCAGGCACUUGCGGUCAGAAUGCUGACUGCCAGGUCGUAAACCAUCUGCCCUCGUGUACCUGUUUCCCCGGAUACGACGGAGAUCCAUUCAGAUAUUGUAACAUCCAAGAGAGAGAACCGGUACAAGAGUACGUCAAUCCUUGUCAACCGAGUCCUUGUGGUCCCAACAGCCAAUGUCGAGAGGUUAAUGGACAGGCAGUCUGCUCGUGUCUACCCACUUAUGUCGGCUCUCCUCCGGGAUGUCGCCCUGAGUGUGUGGUGAGCUCGGAAUGUGCCUUAGACAAGGCAUGCGUCAAUCAGAAAUGUGUUGACCCGUGCCCUGGAACAUGCGGUACCAAUGCUAGGUGCAACGUCAAUAAUCACAGUCCCAUUUGUUCUUGUCAGUCUGGAUACACAGGCGAUCCGUUCUCGAGAUGCUACCCCAUACCACCUCCGGUGCAAGAUACACCAAUCGUUGUAAGGAACCCAUGCGUUCCGUCUCCGUGCGGUCCAAACUCACAGUGCCGUGAUGUAAACGGCUCUCCUUCAUGUUCAUGCUUGAUCAACUACAUUGGAUCGCCGCCAAAUUGUCGCCCCGAAUGCACAAUUAAUGCGGAAUGUCCGAGCAAUCAGGCAUGCAUGAACGAGAAAUGUCGAGACCCUUGUCCGGGAUCGUGUGGCAUCAAUGCCAGAUGUAAUGUGAUCAACCAUACUCCCAUUUGUACGUGCGAAGAAGGAUACACUGGAGAUCCUUUCACAAGCUGUCGACCCAUGCCACCGCCACGUAAGAAUUUCCCCGCGUUCCUUUGGCUCUCAGAUCUCUCCAUAACGAACCCCCUUCCUCCAACAGCGCCUGAGCCCGUCAAUGAUGAUCCGUGCAAUCCCUCGCCCUGUGGGGCAAAUGCGCAAUGCCAGAACGGUAUUUGCACAUGUUUGCCAGAGUACCAAGGCGAUCCGUACCGAGGCUGCAGGCCAGAGUGCGUUUUGAACUCGGACUGCGCUCGGGACAGGGCCUGUAUUCGUAGCAAGUGUGUAGAUCCUUGUCCGGGUACUUGCGGCCAAGAUGCACUAUGCGAAGUGAUCAAUCACAUUCCGAUGUGCCGAUGUCCGGAUGGAAUGGCCGGAAAUGCUUUUGUGCAGUGUCGGCCACAGCAAGCUCCAGCUGUGACCAAUCCAUGCAGUCCAUCACCUUGCGGUCCUAAUAGCCAGUGUCGCGAAGUCAAUGGACAAGCUGUGUGCUCCUGUGUCCCAGGAUACAUUGGAAGCCCUCCGACAUGUCGUCCGGAAUGCGUUGUGAGUGCUGAGUGUCCUCAGAAUCAAGCGUGUACCAACCAGAAAUGUAGGGAUCCUUGUCCUGGAACAUGUGGAGUAGGAGCCAGGUGCUCGGUUGUGAAUCAUAAUCCAAUUUGCAGCUGCCCGGAAAGAUACACGGGCGAUCCAUUCGUACGCUGUCAGCCAAUGAUCGAGCCUCCGGUACAAAUGACCCCAAGCAAUCCUUGCCAACCGUCUCCUUGUGGACCAAAUGCUCAGUGCCGCCCAGUCGGCGAUUCCCCGUCUUGUACAUGUAUAGAGGGCAUGAUAGGUGCUCCACCCAACUGCCGCCCGGAAUGUGUCAGCAACUCUGAUUGCUCAAACAAUUUGGCAUGCAUACGACAAAAGUGUCAAGAUCCUUGUCCGGGCGCCUGUGGAACUAACGCGGAAUGUAGGGUUGUCAGCCAUACACCUAUGUGCAUUUGUGCCAUUGGAUAUACAGGCGAUCCUUUCACUCAGUGCGUACCGUUCAUACAAGAUACGCCCAAAGAUCAAACGACACCUUGCCUACCCAACCCAUGUGGAGCCAACGCACAAUGUAGGGAACAAAAUGGUGCCGGAUCAUGUACAUGCAUUGAGGAUCACUUUGGAAAUCCGUACGAAGGCUGUCGUCCAGAAUGUGUGCUCAACUCGGACUGUCCAUCCAACAGGGCUUGUGUUAGGAAUAAAUGUCAGGAUCCUUGUCCAGGCACUUGCGGUCAGAAUGCUGACUGCCAGGUCGUAAACCAUCUGCCCUCGUGUACCUGUUUCCCCGGAUACGACGGAGAUCCAUUCAGAUAUUGUAACAUCCAAGAGAGAGAACCGGUACAAGAGUACGUCAAUCCUUGUCAACCGAGUCCUUGUGGUCCCAACAGCCAAUGUCGAGAGGUUAAUGGACAGGCAGUCUGCUCGUGUCUACCCACUUAUGUCGGCUCUCCUCCGGGAUGUCGCCCUGAGUGUGUGGUGAGCUCGGAAUGUGCCUUAGACAAGGCAUGCGUCAAUCAGAAAUGUGUUGACCCGUGCCCUGGAACAUGCGGUACCAAUGCUAGGUGCAACGUCAAUAAUCACAGUCCCAUUUGUUCUUGUCAGUCUGGAUACACAGGCGAUCCGUUCUCGAGAUGCUACCCCAUACCACCUCCGGUGCAAGAUACACCAAUCGUUGUAAGGAACCCAUGCGUUCCGUCUCCGUGCGGUCCAAACUCACAGUGCCGUGAUGUAAACGGCUCUCCUUCAUGUUCAUGCUUGAUCAACUACAUUGGAUCGCCGCCAAAUUGUCGCCCCGAAUGCACAAUUAAUGCGGAAUGUCCGAGCAAUCAGGCAUGCAUGAACGAGAAAUGUCGAGACCCUUGUCCGGGAUCGUGUGGCAUCAAUGCCAGAUGUAAUGUGAUCAACCAUACUCCCAUUUGUACGUGCGAAGAAGGAUACACUGGAGAUCCUUUCACAAGCUGUCGACCCAUGCCACCGCCACCGCCUGAGCCCGUCAAUGAUGAUCCGUGCAAUCCCUCGCCCUGUGGGGCAAAUGCGCAAUGCCAGAACGGUAUUUGCACAUGUUUGCCAGAGUACCAAGGCGAUCCGUACCGAGGCUGCAGGCCAGAGUGCGUUUUGAACUCGGACUGCGCUCGGGACAGGGCCUGUAUUCGUAGCAAGUGUGUAGAUCCUUGUCCGGGUACUUGCGGCCAAGAUGCACUAUGCGAAGUGAUCAAUCACAUUCCGAUGUGCCGAUGUCCGGAUGGAAUGGCCGGAAAUGCUUUUGUGCAGUGUCGGCCACAGCAAUCUCCAGCUGUGACCAAUCCAUGCAGUCCAUCACCUUGCGGUCCUAAUAGCCAGUGUCGCGAAAUCAAUGGACAAGCUGUGUGCUCCUGUGUCCCAGGAUACAUUGGAAGCCCUCCGACAUGUCGUCCGGAAUGCGUUGUGAGUGCUGAGUGUCCUCAGAAUCAAGCGUGUACCAACCAGAAAUGUAGGGAUCCUUGUCCUGGAACAUGUGGAGUAGGAGCCAGGUGCUCGGUUGUGAAUCAUAAUCCAAUUUGCAGCUGCCCGGAAAGAUACACGGGCGAUCCAUUCGUACGCUGUCAGCCAAUGAUCGAGCCUCCGGUACAAAUGACCCCAAGCAAUCCUUGCCAACCGUCUCCUUGUGGACCAAAUGCUCAGUGCCGCCCAGUCGGCGAUUCCCCGUCUUGUACAUGUAUAGAGGGCAUGAUAGGUGCUCCACCCAACUGCCGCCCGGAAUGUGUCAGCAACUCUGAUUGCUCAAACAACUUGGCAUGCAUACGACAAAAGUGUCAAGAUCCAUGUCCGGGUGCUUGUGGGGCCAACGCGGAAUGUAGGGUUGUCAGCCAUACACCUAUGUGCAUUUGUGCCAUUGGAUAUACAGGCGAUCCUUUCACCCAGUGCGUACCGUUCAUACAAGAUACGCCCAAAGAUCAAACGACACCUUGCCUACCCAACCCAUGUGGAGCCAACGCACAAUGUAGGGAACAAAAUGGUGCCGGAUCAUGUACAUGCAUUGAGGAUCACUAUGGAAAUCCGUACGAAGGCUGUCGUCCAGAAUGUGUGCUCAACUCGGACUGCCCAUCCAACAGGGCUUGUGUUAGGAAUAAAUGUCAGGAUCCUUGUCCAGGCACUUGCGGUCAGAAUGCUGACUGCCAGGUCGUGAACCAUCUGCCCUCGUGUACCUGUUUCCCCGGAUACGACGGAGAUCCAUUCAGAUAUUGUAACAUCCAAGAGAGAGAACCGGUACAAGAGUACGUCAAUCCUUGUCAACCGAGUCCUUGUGGUCCCAACAGCCAAUGUCGAGAGGUUAAUGGACAGGCAGUCUGCUCGUGUCUACCCACUUAUGUCGGCUCUCCUCCGGGAUGUCGCCCUGAGUGUGUGGUGAGCUCGGAAUGUGCCUUAGACAAGGCAUGCGUCAAUCAGAAAUGUGUUGACCCGUGCCCUGGAACAUGCGGUACCAAUGCUAGGUGCAACGUCAAUAAUCACAGUCCCAUUUGUUCUUGUCAGUCUGGAUACACAGGCGAUCCGUUCUCGAGAUGCUACCCCAUACCACCUCCGGUGCAAGAUACACCAAUCGUUGUAAGGAACCCAUGCGUUCCGUCUCCGUGCGGUCCAAACUCACAGUGCCGUGAUGUAAACGGCUCUUCUUCAUGUUCAUGCUUGAUCAACUACAUUGGAUCGCCGCCAAAUUGUCGCCCCGAAUGCACAAUUAAUGCGGAAUGUCCGAGCAAUCAGGCAUGCAUGAACGAGAAAUGUCGAGACCCUUGUCCGGGAUCGUGUGGCAUCAAUGCCAGAUGUAAUGUGAUCAACCAUACUCCCAUUUGUACGUGCGAAGAAGGAUACACUGGAGAUCCUUUCACAAGUUGUCGACCCAUGCCACCGCCACCGCCUGAGCCCGUCAAUGAUGAUCCGUGCAAUCCCUCGCCCUGUGGGGCAAAUGCGCAAUGCCAGAACGGUAUUUGCACAUGUUUGCCAGAGUACCAAGGCGAUCCGUACCGAGGCUGCAGGCCAGAGUGCGUUUUGAACUCGGACUGCGCUCGGGACAGGGCCUGUAUUCGUAGCAAGUGUGUAGAUCCUUGUCCGGGUACUUGCGGCCAAGAUGCACUAUGCGAAGUGAUCAAUCACAUUCCGAUGUGCCGAUGUCCGGAUGGAAUGGCCGGAAAUGCUUUUGUGCAGUGUCGGCCACAGCAAGCUCCAGCUGUGACCAAUCCAUGCAGUCCAUCACCUUGCGGUCCUAAUAGCCAGUGUCGCGAAAUCAAUGGACAAGCUGUGUGCUCCUGUGUCCCAGGAUACAUUGGAAGCCCUCCGACAUGUCGUCCGGAAUGCGUUGUGAGUGCUGAGUGUCCUCAGAAUCAAGCGUGUACCAACCAGAAAUGUAGGGAUCCUUGUCCUGGAACAUGUGGAGUAGGAGCCAGGUGCUCGGUUGUGAAUCAUAAUCCAAUUUGCAGCUGCCCGGAAAGAUACACGGGCGAUCCAUUCGUACGCUGUCAGCCAAUGAUCGAGCCUCCGGUACAAAUGACCCCAAGCAAUCCUUGCCAACCGUCUCCUUGUGGACCAAAUGCUCAGUGCCGCCCAGUCGGCGAUUCCCCGUCUUGUACAUGUAUAGAGGGCAUGAUAGGUGCUCCACCCAACUGCCGCCCGGAAUGUGUCAGCAACUCUGAUUGCUCAAACAAUUUGGCAUGCAUACGACAAAAGUGUCAAGAUCCUUGUCCGGGCGCCUGUGGAACUAACGCGGAAUGUAGGGUUGUCAGCCAUACACCUAUGUGCAUUUGUGCCAUUGGAUAUACAGGCGAUCCUUUCACUCAGUGCGUACCGUUCAUUCAAGAUACGCUCAAAGAUCAAACGACACCUUGCCUACCCAACCCAUGUGGAGCCAACGCACAAUGUAGGGAACAAAAUGGUGCCGGAUCAUGUACAUGCAUUGAGGAUCACUAUGGAAAUCCGUACGAAGGCUGUCGUCCAGAAUGUGUGCUCAACUCGGACUGCCCAUCCAACAGGGCUUGUGUUAGGAAUAAAUGUCAGGAUCCUUGUCCAGGCACUUGCGGUCAGAAUGCUGACUGCCAGGUCGUGAACCAUCUGCCCUCGUGUACCUGUUUCCCCGGAUACGACGGAGAUCCAUUCAGAUAUUGUAACAUCCAAGAGAGAGAACCGGUACAAGAGUACGUCAAUCCUUGUCAACCGAGUCCUUGUGGUCCCAACAGCCAAUGUCGAGAGGUUAAUGGACAGGCGGUCUGCUCGUGUCUACCCACUUAUGUCGGCUCUCCUCCGGGAUGUCGCCCUGAGUGUGUGGUGAGCUCGGAAUGUGCCUUAGACAAGGCAUGCGUCAAUCAGAAAUGUGUUGAUCCGUGCCCUGGAACAUGCGGUACCAAUGCUAGGUGCAACGUCAAUAAUCACAGUCCCAUUUGUUCUUGUCAGUCUGGAUACACAGGCGAUCCGUUCUCGAGAUGCUACCCCAUACCACCUCCGAUGCAAGAUACACCAAUCGUUGUAAGGAACCCAUGCGUUCCGUCUCCGUGCGGUCCAAACUCACAGUGCCGUGAUGUAAACGGCUCUCCUUCAUGUUCAUGCUUGAUCAACUACAUUGGAUCGCCGCCAAAUUGUCGCCCCGAAUGCACAAUUAAUGCGGAAUGUCCGAGCAAUCAGGCAUGCAUGAACGAGAAAUGUCGAGACCCUUGUCCGGGAUCGUGUGGCAUCAAUGCCAGAUGUAAUGUGAUCAACCAUACUCCCAUUUGUACGUGCGAAGAAGGAUACACUGGAGAUCCUUUCACAAGCUGUCGACCCAUGCCACCGCCACCGCCUGAGCCCGUCAAUGAUGAUCCGUGCAAUCCCUCGCCCUGUGGGGCAAAUGCGCAAUGCCAGAACGCUAUUUGCACAUGUUUGCCAGAGUACCAAGGCGAUCCGUACCGAGGCUGCAGGCCAGAGUGCGUUUUGAACUCGGACUGCGCUCGGGACAGGGCCUGUAUUCGUAGCAAGUGUGUAGAUCCUUGUCCGGGUACUUGCGGCCAAGAUGCACUAUGCGAAGUGAUCAAUCACAUUCCGAUGUGCCGAUGUCCGGAUGGAAUGGCCGGAAAUGCUUUUGUGCAGUGUCGGCCACAGCAAUCUCCAGCUGUGACCAAUCCAUGCAGUCCAUCACCUUGCGGUCCUAAUAGCCAGUGUCGCGAAAUCAAUGGACAAGCUGUGUGCUCCUGUGUCCCAGGAUACAUUGGAAGCCCUCCGACAUGUCGUCCGGAAUGCGUUGUGAGUGCUGAGUGUCCUCAGAAUCAAGCGUGUACCAACCAGAAAUGUAGGGAUCCUUGUCCUGGAACAUGUGGAGUAGGAGCCAGGUGCUCGGUUGUGAAUCAUAAUCCAAUUUGCAGCUGCCCGGAAAGAUACACGGGCGAUCCAUUCGUACGCUGUCAGCCAAUGAUCGAGCCUCCGGUACAAAUGACCCCAAGCAAUCCUUGCCAACCGUCUCCUUGUGGACCAAAUGCUCAGUGCCGCCCAGUCGGCGAUUCCCCGUCUUGUACAUGUAUAGAGGGCAUGAUAGGUGCUCCACCCAACUGCCGCCCGGAAUGUGUCAGCAACUCUGAUUGCUCAAACAACUUGGCAUGCAUACGACAAAAGUGUCAAGAUCCAUGUCCGGGUGCUUGUGGGGCCAACGCGGAAUGUAGGGUUGUCAGCCAUACACCUAUGUGCAUUUGUGCCAUUGGAUAUACAGGCGAUCCUUUCACCCAGUGCGUACCGUUCAUACAAGAUACGCCCAAAGAUCAAACGACACCUUGCCUACCCAACCCAUGUGGAGCCAACGCACAAUGUAGGGAACAAAAUGGUGCCGGAUCAUGUACAUGCAUUGAGGAUCACUAUGGAAAUCCGUACGAAGGCUGUCGUCCAGAAUGUGUGCUCAACUCGGACUGCCCAUCCAACAGGGCUUGUGUUAGGAAUAAAUGUCAGGAUCCUUGUCCAGGCACUUGCGGUCAGAAUGCUGACUGCCAGGUCGUGAACCAUCUGCCCUCGUGUACCUGUUUCCCCGGAUACGACGGAGAUCCAUUCAGAUAUUGUAACAUCCAAGAGAGAGAACCGGUACAAGAGUACGUCAAUCCUUGUCAACCGAGUCCUUGUGGUCCCAACAGCCAAUGUCGAGAGGUUAAUGGACAGGCAGUCUGCUCGUGUCUACCCACUUAUGUCGGCUCUCCUCCGGGAUGUCGCCCUGAGUGUGUGGUGAGCUCGGAAUGUGCCUUAGACAAGGCAUGCGUCAAUCAGAAAUGUGUUGACCCGUGCCCUGGAACAUGCGGUACCAAUGCUAGGUGCAACGUCAAUAAUCACAGUCCCAUUUGUUCUUGUCAGUCUGGAUACACAGGCGAUCCGUUCUCGAGAUGCUACCCCAUACCACCUCCGGUGCAAGAUACACCAAUCGUUGUAAGGAACCCAUGCGUUCCGUCUCCGUGCGGUCCAAACUCACAGUGCCGUGAUGUAAACGGCUCUCCUUCAUGUUCAUGCUUGAUCAACUACAUUGGAUCGCCGCCAAAUUGUCGCCCCGAAUGCACAAUUAAUGCGGAAUGUCCGAGCAAUCAGGCAUGCAUGAACGAGAAAUGUCGAGACCCUUGUCCGGGAUCGUGUGGCAUCAAUGCCAGAUGUAAUGUGAUCAACCAUACUCCCAUUUGUACGUGCGAAGAAGGAUACACUGGAGAUCCUUUCACAAGUUGUCGACCCAUGCCACCGCCACCGCCUGAGCCCGUCAAUGAUGAUCCGUGCAAUCCCUCGCCCUGUGGGGCAAAUGCGCAAUGCCAGAACGGUAUUUGCACAUGUUUGCCAGAGUACCAAGGCGAUCCGUACCGAGGCUGCAGGCCAGAGUGCGUUUUGAACUCGGACUGCGCUCGGGACAGGGCCUGUAUUCGUAGCAAGUGUGUAGAUCCUUGUCCGGGUACUUGCGGCCAAGAUGCACUAUGCGAAGUGAUCAAUCACAUUCCGAUGUGCCGAUGUCCGGAUGGAAUGGCCGGAAAUGCUUUUGUGCAGUGUCGGCCACAGCAAGCUCCAGCUGUGACCAAUCCAUGCAGUCCAUCACCUUGCGGUCCUAAUAGCCAGUGUCGCGAAAUCAAUGGACAAGCUGUGUGCUCCUGUGUCCCAGGAUACAUUGGAAGCCCUCCGACAUGUCGUCCGGAAUGCGUUGUGAGUGCUGAGUGUCCUCAGAAUCAAGCGUGUACCAACCAGAAAUGUAGGGAUCCUUGUCCUGGAACAUGUGGAGUAGGAGCCAGGUGCUCGGUUGUGAAUCAUAAUCCAAUUUGCAGCUGCCCGGAAAGAUACACGGGCGAUCCAUUCGUACGCUGUCAGCCAAUGAUCGAGCCUCCGGUACAAAUGACCCCAAGCAAUCCUUGCCAACCGUCUCCUUGUGGACCAAAUGCUCAGUGCCGCCCAGUCGGCGAUUCCCCGUCUUGUACAUGUAUAGAGGGCAUGAUAGGUGCUCCACCCAACUGCCGCCCGGAAUGUGUCAGCAACUCUGAUUGCUCAAACAAUUUGGCAUGCAUACGACAAAAGUGUCAAGAUCCUUGUCCGGGCGCCUGUGGAACUAACGCGGAAUGUAGGGUUGUCAGCCAUACACCUAUGUGCAUUUGUGCCAUUGGAUAUACAGGCGAUCCUUUCACCCAGUGCGUACCGUUCAUACAAGAUACGCCCAAAGAUCAAACGACACCUUGCCUACCCAACCCAUGUGGAGCCAACGCACAAUGUAGGGAACAAAAUGGUGCCGGAUCAUGUACAUGCAUUGAGGAUCACUAUGGAAAUCCGUACGAAGGCUGUCGUCCAGAAUGUGUGCUCAACUCGGACUGCCCAUCCAACAGGGCUUGUGUUAGGAAUAAAUGUCAGGAUCCUUGUCCAGGCACUUGCGGUCAGAAUGCUGACUGCCAGGUCGUGAACCAUCUGCCCUCGUGUACCUGUUUCCCCGGAUACGACGGAGAUCCAUUCAGAUAUUGUAACAUCCAAGAGAGAGAACCGGUACAAGAGUAUGUCAAUCCUUGUCAACCGAGUCCUUGUGGUCCCAACAGCCAAUGUCGAGAGGUUAAUGGACAGGCAGUCUGCUCGUGUCUACCCACUUAUGUCGGCUCUUCUCCGGGAUGUCGCCCUGAGUGUGUGGUGAGCUCGGAAUGUGCCUUAGACAAGGCAUGCGUCAAUCAGAAAUGUGUUGACCCGUGCCCUGGAACAUGCGGUACCAAUGCUAGGUGCAACGUCAAUAAUCACAGUCCCAUUUGUUCUUGUCAGUCUGGAUACACAGGCGAUCCGUUCUCGAGAUGCUACCCCAUACCACCUCCGGUGCAAGAUACACCAAUCGUUGUAAGGAACCCAUGCGUUCCGUCUCCGUGCGGUCCAAACUCACAGUGCCGUGAUGUAAACGGCUCUCCUUCAUGUUCAUGCUUGAUCAACUACAUUGGAUCGCCGCCAAAUUGUCGCCCCGAAUGCACAAUUAAUGCGGAAUGUCCGAGCAAUCAGGCAUGCAUGAACGAGAAAUGUCGAGACCCUUGUCCGGGAUCGUGUGGCAUCAAUGCCAGAUGUAAUGUGAUCAACCAUACUCCCAUUUGUACGUGCGAAGAAGGAUACACUGGAGAUCCUUUCACAAGCUGUCGACCCAUGCCACCGCCACCGCCUGAGCCCGUCAAUGAUGAUCCGUGCAAUCCCUCGCCCUGUGGGGCAAAUGCGCAAUGCCAGAACGGUAUUUGCACAUGUUUGCCAGAGUACCAAGGCGAUCCGUACCGAGGCUGCAGGCCAGAGUGCGUUUUGAACUCGGACUGCGCUCGGGACAGGGCCUGUAUUCGUAGCAAGUGUGUAGAUCCUUGUCCGGGUACUUGCGGCCAAGAUGCACUAUGCGAAGUGAUCAAUCACAUUCCGAUGUGCCGAUGUCCGGAUGGAAUGGCCGGAAAUGCUUUUGUGCAGUGUCGGCCACAGCAAGCUCCAGCUGUGACCAAUCCAUGCAGUCCAUCACCUUGCGGUCCUAAUAGCCAGUGUCGCGAAAUCAAUGGACAAGCUGUGUGCUCCUGUGUCCCAGGAUACAUUGGAAGCCCUCCGACAUGUCGUCCGGAAUGCGUUGUGAGUGCUGAGUGUCCUCAGAAUCAAGCGUGUACCAACCAGAAAUGUAGGGAUCCUUGUCCUGGAACAUGUGGAGUAGGAGCCAGGUGCUCGGUUGUGAAUCAUAAUCCAAUUUGCAGCUGUCCGGAAAGAUACACGGGCGAUCCAUUCGUACGCUGUCAGCCAAUGAUCGAGCCUCCGGUACAAAUGACCCCAAGCAAUCCUUGCCAACCGUCUCCUUGUGGACCAAAUGCUCAGUGCCGCCCAGUCGGCGAUUCCCCGUCUUGUACAUGUAUAGAGGGCAUGAUAGGUGCUCCACCCAACUGCCGCCCGGAAUGUGUCAGCAACUCUGAUUGCUCAAACAACUUGGCAUGCAUACGACAAAAGUGUCAAGAUCCAUGUCCGGGUGCUUGUGGGGCCAACGCGGAAUGUAGGGUUGUCAGUCAUACACCUAUGUGCAUUUGUGCCAUUGGAUAUACAGGCGAUCCUUUCACUCAGUGCGUACCGUUCAUACAAGAUACGCCCAAAGAUCAAACGACACCUUGCCUACCCAACCCAUGUGGAGCCAACGCACAAUGUAGGGAACAAAAUGGUGCCGGAUCAUGUACAUGCAUUGAGGAUCACUAUGGAAAUCCGUACGAAGGCUGUCGUCCAGAAUGUGUGCUCAACUCGGACUGCCCAUCCAACAGGGCUUGUGUUAGGAAUAAAUGUCAGGAUCCUUGUCCAGGCACUUGCGGUCAGAAUGCUGACUGCCAGGUCGUGAACCAUCUGCCCUCGUGUACCUGUUUCCCCGGAUACGACGGAGAUCCAUUCAGAUAUUGUAACAUCCAAGAGAGAGAACCGGUACAAGAGUACGUCAAUCCUUGUCAACCGAGUCCUUGUGGUCCCAACAGCCAAUGUCGAGAGGUUAAUGGACAGGCAGUCUGCUCGUGUCUACCCACUUAUGUCGGCUCUCCUCCGGGAUGUCGCCCUGAGUGUGUGGUGAGCUCGGAAUGUGCCUUAGACAAGGCAUGCGUCAAUCAGAAAUGUGUUGACCCGUGCCCUGGAACAUGCGGUACCAAUGCUAGGUGCAACGUCAAUAAUCACAGUCCCAUUUGUUCUUGUCAGUCUGGAUACACAGGCGAUCCGUUCUCGAGAUGCUACCCCAUACCACCUCCGGUGCAAGAUACACCAAUCGUUGUAAGGAACCCAUGCGUUCCGUCUCCGUGCGGUCCAAACUCACAGUGCCGUGAUGUAAACGGCUCUCCUUCAUGUUCAUGCUUGAUCAACUACAUUGGAUCGCCGCCAAAUUGUCGCCCCGAAUGCACAAUUAAUGCGGAAUGUCCGAGCAAUCAGGCAUGCAUGAACGAGAAAUGUCGAGACCCUUGUCCGGGAUCGUGUGGCAUCAAUGCCAGAUGUAAUGUGAUCAACCAUACUCCCAUUUGUACGUGCGAAGAAGGAUACACUGGAGAUCCUUUCACAAGCUGUCGACCCAUGCCACCGCCACCGCCUGAGCCCGUCAAUGAUGAUCCGUGCAAUCCCUCGCCCUGUGGGGCAAAUGCGCAAUGCCAGAACGGUAUUUGCACAUGUUUGCCAGAGUACCAAGGCGAUCCGUACCGAGGCUGCAGGCCAGAGUGCGUUUUGAACUCGGACUGCGCUCGGGACAGGGCCUGUAUUCGUAGCAAGUGUGUAGAUCCUUGUCCGGGUACUUGCGGCCAAGAUGCACUAUGCGAAGUGAUCAAUCACAUUCCGAUGUGCCGAUGUCCGGAUGGAAUGGCCGGAAAUGCUUUUGUGCAGUGUCGGCCACAGCAAGCUCCAGCUGUGACCAAUCCAUGCAGUCCAUCACCUUGCGGUCCUAAUAGCCAGUGUCGCGAAAUCAAUGGACAAGCUGUGUGCUCCUGUGUCCCAGGAUACAUUGGAAGCCCUCCGACAUGUCGUCCGGAAUGCGUUGUGAGUGCUGAGUGUCCUCAGAAUCAAGCGUGUACCAACCAGAAAUGUAGGGAUCCUUGUCCUGGAACAUGUGGAGUAGGAGCCAGGUGCUCGGUUGUGAAUCAUAAUCCAAUUUGCAGCUGCCCGGAAAGAUACACGGGCGAUCCAUUCGUACGCUGUCAGCCAAUGAUCGAGCCUCCGGUACAAAUGACCCCAAGCAAUCCUUGCCAACCGUCUCCUUGUGGACCAAAUGCUCAGUGCCGCCCAGUCGGUGAUUCCCCGUCUUGUACAUGUAUGGAGGGCAUGAUAGGUGCUCCACCCAACUGCCGCCCGGAAUGUGUCAGCAACUCUGAUUGCUCAAACAACUUGGCAUGCAUACGACAAAAGUGCCAAGAUCCAUGUCCGGGUGCUUGUGGGGCCAACGCGGAAUGUAGGGUUGUCAGUCAUACACCUAUGUGCAUUUGUGCCAUUGGAUAUACAGGCGAUCCUUUCACUCAGUGCGUACCGUUCAUACAAGAUACGCCCAAAGAUCAAACGACACCUUGCCUACCCAACCCAUGUGGAGCCAACGCACAAUGUAGGGAACAAAAUGGUGCCGGAUCAUGUACAUGCAUUGAGGAUCACUAUGGAAAUCCGUACGAAGGCUGUCGUCCAGAAUGUGUGCUCAACUCGGACUGCCCAUCCAACAGGGCUUGUGUUAGGAAUAAAUGUCAGGAUCCUUGUCCAGGCACUUGCGGUCAGAAUGCUGACUGCCAGGUCGUUAACCAUCUGCCCUCGUGUACCUGUUUCCCCGGAUACGACGGAGAUCCAUUCAGAUAUUGUAACAUCCAAGAGAAAGAACCGGUACAAGAGUACGUCAAUCCUUGUCAACCGAGUCCUUGUGGUCCCAACGGCCAAUGUCGAGAGGUUAAUGGACAGGCAGUCUGCUCGUGUCUUCCCACUUAUGUCGGCUCUCCUCCGGGAUGUCGCCCUGAGUGUGUGGUGAGCUCGGAAUGUGCCUUAGACAAAGCCUGCGUCAAUCAGAAAUGUGUUGACCCGUGCCCUGGAACAUGCGGUACCAAUGCUAGGUGCAACGUCAAUAAUCACAGUCCCAUUUGUUCUUGUCAAUCUGGAUACACAGGCGAUCCGUUCACGAGAUGCUACCCUAUACCACCUCCGGUGCAAGAUGCACCAAUCGUCGUAAGGAACCCAUGCGUUCCGUCUCCGUGCGGUCCAAACUCACAGUGCCGUGAUGUAAACGGCUCUCCUUCAUGUUCAUGCUUGAUCAACUACAUUGGAUCGCCGCCAAAUUGUCGCCCCGAAUGCACAAUCAACGCGGAAUGUCCGAGCAAUCAGGCAUGCAUGAACGAGAAAUGUCGAGACCCUUGUCCGGGAUCGUGUGGCAUCAAUGCCAGAUGUAAUGUGAUCAACCAUACUCCCAUUUGUACGUGCGAAGAAGGAUACACUGGAGAUCCUUUCACAAGCUGUCGACCCAUGCCACCGCCACCGCCUGAGCCCGUCAAUGAUGAUCCGUGCAAUCCCUCGCCCUGUGGGGCAAAUGCGCAAUGCCAGAACGGUAUUUGCACAUGUUUGCCAGAGUACCAAGGCGAUCCGUACCGAGGCUGCAGGCCAGAGUGCGUUUUGAACUCGGACUGCGCUCGGGACAGGGCCUGUAUUCGUAGCAAGUGUGUAGAUCCUUGUCCGGGUACUUGCGGCCAAGAUGCACUAUGCGAAGUGAUCAAUCACAUUCCGAUGUGCCGAUGUCCGGAUGGAAUGGCCGGAAAUGCUUUUGUGCAGUGUCGGCCACAGCAAGCUCCAGCUGUGACCAAUCCAUGCAGUCCAUCACCUUGCGGUCCUAAUAGCCAGUGUCGCGAAAUCAAUGGACAAGCUGUGUGCUCCUGUGUCCCAGGAUACAUUGGAAGCCCUCCGACAUGUCGUCCGGAAUGCGUUGUGAGUGCUGAGUGUCCUCAGAAUCAAGCGUGUACCAACCAGAAAUGUAGGGAUCCUUGUCCUGGAACAUGUGGAGUAGGAGCCAGGUGCUCGGUUGUGAAUCAUAAUCCAAUUUGCAGCUGCCCGGAAAGAUACACGGGCGACCCAUUCGUACGCUGUCAGCCAAUGAUCGAGCCUCCGGUACAAAUGACCCCAAGCAAUCCUUGCCAACCGUCUCCUUGUGGACCAAAUGCUCAGUGCCGCCCAGUCGGCGAUUCCCCGUCUUGUACAUGUAUAGAGGGCAUGAUAGGUGCUCCACCCAACUGCCGCCCGGAAUGUGUCAGCAACUCUGAUUGCUCAAACAACUUGGCAUGCAUACGACAAAAGUGUCAAGAUCCAUGUCCGGGUGCUUGUGGGGCCAACGCGGAAUGUAGGGUUGUCAGCCAUACACCUAUGUGCAUUUGUGCCAUUGGAUAUACAGGCGAUCCUUUCACUCAGUGCGUACCGUUCAUACAAGAUACGCCCAAAGAUCAAACGACACCUUGCCUACCCAACCCAUGUGGAGCCAACGCACAAUGUAGGGAACAAAAUGGUGCCGGAUCAUGUACAUGCAUUGAGGAUCACUAUGGAAAUCCGUACGAAGGCUGUCGUCCAGAAUGUGUGCUCAACUCGGACUGUCCAUCCAACAGGGCUUGUGUUAGGAAUAAAUGUCAGGAUCCUUGUCCAGGCACUUGCGGUCAGAAUGCUGACUGCCAGGUCGUGAACCAUCUGCCCUCGUGUACCUGUUUCCCCGGAUACGACGGAGAUCCAUUCAGAUAUUGUAACAUCCAAGAGAGAGAACCGGUACAAGAGUACGUCAAUCCUUGUCAACCGAGUCCUUGUGGUCCCAACAGCCAAUGUCGAGAGGUUAAUGGACAGGCAGUCUGCUCGUGUCUACCCACUUAUGUCGGCUCUCCUCCGGGAUGUCGCCCUGAGUGUGUGGUGAGCUCGGAAUGUGCCUUAGACAAGGCAUGCGUCAAUCAGAAAUGUGUUGACCCGUGCCCUGGAACAUGCGGUACCAAUACUAGGUGCAACGUCAAUAAUCACAGUCCCAUUUGCUCUUGUCAAUCUGGAUACACAGGCGAUCCGUUCACGAGAUGCUACCCUAUACCACCUCCGGUACAAGAUACACCAAUCGUCGUAAGGAACCCAUGCGUUCCGUCUCCGUGCGGUCCAAACUCACAGUGCCGUGAUGUAAACGGCUCUCCUUCAUGUUCAUGCUUGAUCAACUACAUUGGAUCGCCGCCAAAUUGUCGCCCCGAAUGCACAAUUAAUGCGGAAUGUCCGAGCAAUCAGGCAUGCAUGAACGAGAAAUGUCGAGACCCUUGUCCGGGAUCGUGUGGCAUCAAUGCCAGAUGUAAUGUGAUCAACCAUACUCCCAUUUGUACGUGCGAAGAAGGAUACACUGGAAAUCCUUUCACAAGCUGUCGACCCAUGCCACCGCCACCGCCUGAGCCCGUCAAUGAUGAUCCGUGCAAUCCCUCGCCCUGUGGGGCAAAUGCGCAAUGCCAGAACGGUAUUUGCACAUGUUUGCCAGAGUACCAAGGCGAUCCGUACCGAGGCUGCAGGCCAGAGUGCGUUUUGAACUCGGACUGCGCUCGGGACAGGGCCUGUAUUCGUAGCAAGUGUGUAGAUCCUUGUCCGGGUACUUGCGGCCAAGAUGCACUAUGCGAAGUGAUCAAUCACAUUCCGAUGUGCCGAUGUCCGGAUGGAAUGGCCGGAAAUGCUUUUGUGCAGUGUCGGCCACAGCAAGCUCCAGCUGUGACCAAUCCAUGCAGUCCAUCACCUUGCGGUCCUAAUAGCCAGUGUCGCGAAAUCAAUGGACAAGCUGUGUGCUCCUGUUUAUCUGGAUAUUUUGGUAGUCCUCCGAUGUGUCGUCCGGAAUGCACUGGAAGUUUUGAAUGUGUGCUUUCGCAAGCUUGCAUUAAUUUUAAAUGUACCGAUCCUUGUCCUGGUAGCUGUGGAUUUUCGGCUCGCUGCACAACGGUUAAUCAUAAUCCAAUUUGUACAUGCCCUCCGAGGAUGACUGGAGAUCCUUUCUCUAGAUGUUAUGAAAUUGCUGAAAAAUCACCUCCUCUGAAUAUACCGGCCGAUCCAUGCCAUCCAUCACCGUGCGGCUCAAAUGCUCUUUGUGUCAAUGUAAAUGGUGUUCCGUCGUGUAGUUGUCAACCGGAAAUGUUGGGUUCACCACCCAAUUGCCAGCCAGAGUGUACAACUAAUUCGGACUGUUCCCGUGUUCAGGCAUGCUCAAGGCAAAAAUGUGUCGAUCCUUGUCUUAAUGCGUGCGGCGCAGAUGCGAGAUGUCACGUUUCAUUGCAUGUUGCUAACUGUUUCUGUCCCGACGGUUACGAAGGGGAUCCGUUCCGCACUUGUACAUUAAAAAUAACCAAGCCACCACCACAGGCUGAACCGAGAGACCCAUGUUAUCCAUCGCCAUGCGGUGUCAAUGCACGAUGCCGUCCAGCAAAUGGCGGAACAGCAGUAUGCGAAUGUAUAGAGAACUAUUUCGGAAAUCCGUACGAAACUUGUCGUCCGGAAUGCGUUGGGAAUGGUGACUGUCAAAAAUCUUUGGCUUGCAUUAACAACCGCUGCAAGGAUCCGUGUCCUGGUGUGUGUGGACGAAAUGCGGAGUGUUCCGUGGUUAAUCACACGCCCGUAUGUUCGUGUCCAGAAGGCAUGAAAGGAAACGCUUUUGAACAAUGUCUGCGAGAGGAAGUUCCACCACCAUCGGAUCCAUGUUAUCCAUCGCCUUGUGGACAAAAUACUAUUUGUCGUGUGUCGAACGGCAAUGCUGUAUGCGAAUGUUUGCCCGAAUUUAGAGGAAGUCCAUUCGGACGUGGCUGCUACCCAGAGUGCGUGAUUAAUAGCGACUGUCCCAGAGAUAGAACGUGCGUCAACAAGAAAUGUGUCGAUCCGUGUCCCGGAGUGUGUGGUUAUAGAGCUGAGUGUCACGCUAUCAACAAUAGUCCAGUUUGCUCCUGUCCGAGAAACAUGAUCGGUGAUCCAUUUGUAGAGUGCAAGAUUGCUGCUCCAAAGGAUCCCUGUAAUCCAUCGCCAUGUCGUACAAACGGAAUAUGUCGCGUAGUAGGUGAUCGUGCCGAAUGUCAAUAUCCGGAGUGUAUUAUCAACUCAGAUUGUUCAACAAACCGCGCCUGUUACAAUCAAAGAUGUCAGGAUCCUUGCGUCGGUGCUUGCGGUAUAAAUGCAUUGUGCAGUGUGAUUAAUCACUCGCCCGUGUGCUCGUGCCCGGCACGUCAUGCAGGUUCACCUUUCGUCCAGUGCAUGCCGCAACGUGACGAACCACUACAGCCACAGCCAGAAUGUACUAACGAUAACCAAUGCACGAACGACAAGGCAUGUAUUAACGCGCAAUGCCAGAAUCCGUGUACGAUAGGCACAGGACUUUGCACACAGAAUGCAGAAUGCCGCGUACAAUUCCAUCGUGCGAUUUGUGCCUGCCGUGAAGGUUACACGGGUAAUGCGCAGCUCGCUUGCUACGAGGUCGGAUGCCGCAGCGAUAGCGACUGUCCAGUGACAGAAGCUUGCGUUAACAAGAAUUGUAUCGAUCCAUGCCGUCAUACGCAGUGUGGUCGUAACGCAUUCUGCAAGUCUGACUACAAUCACAAUGCACGUUGCCACUGCACGGAUGGGUAUCGAGGAAAUCCUUUGGUCGGUUGUACGCGUCCAGAAUGCACAACCAAUGACGAAUGCCCGUACCAUCAAUCGUGUCAGAAUGAGCAGUGCCGCGACCCGUGCAACUGUGCGCCAAAUGCUCAGUGCCGAGUGGAUAAUCAUCAGGCCAACUGCAGAUGCCCACCAGGAUACACGGGAGAUCCGCAAUUUUCAUGCGAAAAAAUUCCUGUACGUGAUCCAGCACAAUGUACUAUGGAUGCGGAUUGUUCAAGCAAGCUUGCUUGCUUCGGGGGUGUUUGCAAGAAUCCAUGCACAGAAACGAAACCUUGCGCAGAGCAUGCAGUAUGUACAGUGCAAGACACCUUGCCACUCCGAACAAUGUAUUGUGUUUGUGAGGAAGGAUACGCGGGUGAUGCUGAAAGACAGUGCUUGCCAGUCUCUAAAGACGAACCUGGGUGCUACAGCGACGUGGAGUGUUCACCGACCGAAUCUUGUCGAGCGCGAGUUUGUGUGGAUGUGUGCAGCAACUACAAUCCUUGCGCCCCAACGGCAGAAUGUUUGGCUCAAAGCCAUAAAGCUAUUUGCUCUUGCCCCGUCGGUACGGUGGGUGAUCCAUUCCAGAACUGCUAUAAACCACCGGUUGUAUCACCGGAAUGUGUUGUCGAUGCCGAUUGCUCAUCCAGUAUGGCCUGCGUUAACGAACGAUGCCAGGACCCAUGCGCAGAAAGCAAUCCAUGUGGUGGCAAUGCAGAAUGUCGUGCUAUCUAUCAUCGGCCACAUUGUACGUGCCCCAUCGGCUGGGGUGGAGAUCCAAAAACACAAUGCUAUAAGCCGGAAUGUAAGACCGAUACGGAAUGUCCAUUUGAUAAGGCAUGCUUCAAUGAAAAGUGUAUCAGUCCAUGCACAUACGGUGCCACACAGUGUGGACGAGGUGCUAGUUGUGUUGCUCAAAGCCACCGAGCCGUUUGCAUCUGUCCACCAGGCACACAAGGAAACCCGUUCGUAUCGUGCGUCACUGGUAUGUGUCAAUACAACGAAGAUUGUGCUGAGCAUGAAGCGUGCGACAGGUUGAAUCGAGUUUGCCGUCCGGUAUGUGAGGAUGAAACGUGCGCUCGUACAGCGACCUGUGUGGCAAAGAAUCAUCAGGCGAGCUGCGAGUGUGCUCCUGGUAUGCGUGGCAAUCCAUAUGUUGAGUGCUUGCGCGAUGAACCGGAACCAGAAUGUCGCAUGGACAGUGAAUGUGGUUCACAGCAGGCCUGUAUACGUAACCGUUGUGUCAAUCCCUGUGCGGAGCUAACACCCUGCACGAACCAGCAGAUUUGCAAUGUAAUCGACACGCUGCCACUACGUACAAUCAUUUGUGCAUGCCAGACAGACAUGUUGAUGGACCGAUCUGGAAGCUGCAAGCCGAUUGUGAUAGAUGAAUGCCGGUUGGACAAUGAUUGCGCUGAUACAGAGCGAUGCGUGCGUGGUCAAUGCAUUACAGCGUGCAAAGCGGAUCCGUGCGGUAUAAAUGCGCAAUGUACGUCCGCCAAUCACCGAGCACAAUGUACCUGUUCACCGGGAUAUGUUGGAAACGCUCACAUCGAAUGUCUACCGGAACCGCGCGUAACAUCACCCAAAGAGUGUGUUGUUGAUGAUGACUGUUCCGAUGAUCGAUCGUGCAUUAACGAUCGGUGCAUAAACCCGUGUGUUAACGAUGCAUGCGGGCGUGGUGCGCUGUGUCGCACUAACAAACAUCAGGCAGUGUGCAACUGCCCGGCUGGAUAUACUAUGGACGGCAAUGGAAACUGUAUACCGCCUGCCGGAGAUCUUCCACGUUGUCGAUCCAAUUCGGAUUGUACGCGAAGUGAAACUUGCGUAAAUGAAAUAUGUGCUAAUCCAUGCAACUGUGGUCAAAACGCAGACUGUUUUGUGAAGGAUCACUAUCCGGUGUGUAGCUGUCGUCCGGGUUAUUCCGGCAACGCACAAACGGGUUGCUUCAAACUGGAGUGCCAGAGUGAUAACGAUUGCACGAACGACAAACAGUGCACGAACGGGGCAUGUGUUGAUCCGUGUCUGUAUCAGAAUCCUUGCGCACUGAAUGCGCAAUGUUAUGGUGAUCGACAUCAAGCCGCAUGCCGUUGUUUGCCUGGGCUGGAGGGCGAUCCGUUUGAGAGAUGCAGGCGCGUAGAAUGUCACUACGAUGGCGAAUGUGCGCAAACGCUCGCAUGUCAACAAGAGCAGUGCGUGGACCCUUGCGCCAAUUCACCGUGCGCCCAGAAUGCACAAUGCUUCGUGAUUAAUCAUCUGGCCCAGUGCAAGUGUCCAGAGCAAAUGCCAGAAGGUAAUCCAUAUUCGUUCUGUCGACCACGUGCCGUGGAACGGGAAGAGUGUCGCGUGGACGGAGAUUGUCCCAGCCGUCUGGCUUGUAUCGGAAACCGUUGCGUCAAUCCGUGUGAUGAAUUGAAACCAUGUGGUGCAUCAGCACUGUGUACUGUACAAGACUCCGUGCCAGUACGGACAAUGGUUUGCGAAUGUCCUGCAAUGCACGUGCCGGAUAGCGCUGGAGAAUGUAAGCGAAUCGUACUACAAACACCAGUAGGUGUUUGCACGACUGAUUCCGAAUGUCCGGCAAAGGAGGCAUGCAUUAACCGACAGUGCCGCGACCCAUGCAGCUGUGGCACGAAUGCCAUCUGUUCGAUCAAGAAUCACCGGGCGGUGUGCUCGUGUGAGGAUGGUUACGAGGGCAAUCCCAACAUCGCUUGUCGUGCGAUUGGUUGCCGCGUUGAUUCGGAAUGCGAAACAAGCAAGGCAUGUGUCAACGGAAAUUGCGUCAACCCGUGUCUCGACCAUGACCCAUGCGGAAUUGGAGCAGAAUGCUUCGGCCGAGCGAAUCGGGCUGAAUGCCGCUGUCUGAGCGGCUUCCGUGGCAAUCCGCUGGUGCAAUGUAAUGUAGUCGAGUGUCGCAGUAACAAUGACUGUCCGGAUGACAAGCAGUGUCGUAACUCGCAAUGCGUCAAUCCAUGCAUCUAUGAGAACUCCUGCUCCGCACGAGCGGAAUGUCGUGCGCAGAAUCAUCUGGUGGUCUGUCGGUGCCCGGUUGGGCUAGUAGGAAAUCCGUACGUGGAUUGCCGGCCAGAAAUUGUUCCGGAGUGUCAGUAUGAUACAGACUGUCCGUCACAUUUGGCAUGUAUUGACAACAAAUGCACGGAGCCCUGCAAUGCAUUGACACCGUGUAAUCAGCCAGCUCGUUGUGAAGUGGUACCUUCUUCACCGGUGCGCACCAUGUUGUGUACCUGCCCAGACGGAUACGUAAGCAGUGGUAGUGGCACUUGCAAACCUGUGGUGAAGGCGGGCUGCAUAUCCGACUCCGAUUGUUCAAGUGAUACAGCUUGCAUCAACAGUAUAUGUCGCGAUCCGUGCAACUGUGGACCAAACGCAGAGUGUCGCGUUAAGGAUCACAAACCCGUCUGUUCCUGUGCACAGGGUUACGACGGCGAUCCAGAGACGCAAUGUAUCAAAAUCGAAUGCCGAUCAGAUAGUGACUGCUCAGGACAGCACACAUGCUACAACCGUCAAUGCGUGCCAGCAUGCUCAAUGGAAAGCUGCGGUACGCAGGCUGAAUGCAUAGGAAUUAACCACCGUGCUGUAUGCGAGUGUGUGCCGGGCUACGAAGGCAAUCCCAAAGUAGCCUGCAAGCUGAUCGGAUGUCGACGCGAUUCAGACUGCCCGCUGGAUAAGGCAUGCAUCAACGGAAAGUGCGAGAAUCCAUGCGAACUGCAAGCAGUAUGUGCACAGAACGAACAGUGUCAGGUGUACCAACAUCGACCCGAAUGUGCCUGCCCCCCACCUUUCGAAAACGACCCACUGCAAGGAUGUGUGCUGCGUGACGAUCGUUGCAUGACGGACGGUGAAUGUCCAUCGCAGACAGCCUGCAUACAGGGCGAAUGCGUGAACCCGUGUAACGUGACAGAACCGUGUGGAGUGAACUCAAACUGCAAGGUACUGGACACGUUACCAGUCCGCACUAUGAUAUGCGAAUGUCUCCCUGGAUAUCAAGGCAAUGCUGCUAUACAGUGCGAUAAAAUGGCGUUAUGUCCGACAGAUCGUGGAUUUGUGCGUAACUCUAACGGGGAAUGUGUCUGCCCACCGGGCUAUGGAUUGUCACUGUACGACGAUUGCCAACCGUGUCGAGAAGAAGAUGGACUCAAAAUUGACGAAACGGGUCGCUGCGUAUGUGCGCUUGAACGUGGUCUGAUCAUCGAUGAGCGUGGUCGCUGUAUUUGUCCAAUCGAGUACGGCUACCGGUUAACUAGCCGGGGCGAGUGUGUUCGCAGCGAAAAACCGGAAUGCGAACGAGAUGAGCACUGUGCCGAUUGGCGAUACUGUAAUCUGGAAUCGAAGACUUGUGACGAUCCAUGUCAGAGGAAAAUAUGUGGCACCAAUGCGCUGUGCAACGCAACGAACCAUCAAGCGGUGUGUCAGUGCAUUACAGGAUACACUGGAAAUCCAGAGGAACAUUGCAAUCAAACGACUAACUUCCGAACGGACUUCCCACAGCCAGAAAUGGUAGUAACGUGUCAGGCUGAUGGUGUGCAGGUCGUCAUAGAUCUAGCUGAAUCAAAUUUCAAUGGUGUGCUGUACGUGAAAGGUCACAGCAAAGACGAGGAAUGUCGCCGAGUUGUGAACUUAGCCGGUGAUACAUCGUCGGCUCGCACACAAAUAUUCAAGGUACACUUUGGCAGCUGCGGUUUAAUUCACGUCAAUGGCAUCGCCAGCUUUGUGCUGGUAAUUCAGAAGCACCCGAAACUAGUGACGUAUAAGGCCCAGGCGUACCACAUCAAGUGUGUAUACCAAACGGGCGAACAGAACGUCACGCUUGGGUUCAACGUGCAGAUGCUGACGACGGCUGGAACAAUCGCUAACACCGGACCGCCGCCAACCUGUGCCAUGCGCAUCGUAGCGUUCAACGGAGAGGAAAUCAAUUCGGCCGAAAUUGGAGACAACCUGCGACUGCAAGUUGAAGUACAACCAGCAACAAUCUAUGGGGGAUUUGCUCGCAGCUGUGUGGCUAAAACCAUGGAGGAAAGUGUGGAAAACGAAUACAUCGUCACCGAUGAAGACGGUUGUGCUACCGAUCCUUCGAUUUUCGGAGAUUGGGAGUACAACGCAGAAACAAACAGCCUGUUAGCGAGCUUUAACGCUUUCAAGUUCCCUUCAAGUGACAACAUCCGCUUCCAGUGCAACAUUCGGGUAUGUUUCGGCAAAUGUCAACCGGUCAAUUGUCAUGGAGCCAAUGCGUACGGUAAGCGGCGUCGGCGUCGUGAGACACUUGGUAUCGAUAUGAUGCGCACGAUCGAGGUGGUGUACAACCGUACUCGACGUGCUGCUGACGAUACAGCACUGGCCACGGACGAUUCGCUGGGCGUCGAGGGCACACUGCGUGAGGAAAUUACGAUUCAAUCAAAUGCGAUUUUGACGCUAGAGAAACGCGAAGAACGAUCGUUCGAUUCAAACAACAUCACACCGGCGGCACAGCGAGUGGAGGACAUUUGUGUGUCGAUGAUCGGGCUGAUAUUGGCGUUGGUUAUUACUGCGUUGCUAGCCUUGGUGGCUGUUGCAGUUGCUGUGUCUUGCUGGCUAAUGGCCUAUCGCCGAAGACCAACAAUAACAGGACCACUGCCGCAUCCGCCCGAAUUCCCCAACCCACUCUUUGCGCAUCACGAACCAUCGGAACCGUCGCAUCAUGAUUUCAUGGGAUAAUAGAAGCAAUUGCGAACAAAAGUGUAGACGAAAACUACGAGACAAAACAAAUCGAAAAAUUACUAACCGAAACGAAGAGAAAACAAAGAAAAUGUAAAGAAUUACUUUAAAGAAAAUAAUACGGCUGCACAUCGAUCACUAAUCCAAGAUUAGGUGUAGUUGAUAACACUCAUUAAACGAAAAGUAGCUGUAGAAGAACCCGUAAGAGUUUCCUUCUAUCCCAAGCUUUCGCACAGAGAGAAAUCGUUAGGAGAAGCAACAAGUAAGGGAUGAAUCUGUAAAUAGCAGUAAAAACAAACCGCAAAUAGAGAGAGCUACAAAACAAAGGAACGAUAGUUGCUCAAAGAGCACCAAAAUGCUCUCUUGCAGUAAGAAAAAUCGGAAACCCCUCAACAAGAUCAGCAUGAGAAUGUCGGAAAAUUCCGGUCUUCUCGAACAAGUUAGAAACUCGGAACCAGUGUCCUUCUUUAGGUUCAUUUAGGUAGCUUAGUUGCAAAUUCUUAUUAGGAAUGUAGUGUAAGGAAUGCGAGAGGUCAGGGCAGCUGAAGCAAAACGAACGCGCACAACCAUGAUCGAUCGCAUUCCAGCGCAUCCAUACCAUCUCCUCCGUCGGUCGUUACUAGUCCUUUAUUUAUUAAUGUUAAUAUGAAGGUUAAAACGUUACAUCGGGUAACUUUAAUUGUCCGAAUAAUUUGCUGAGGUUUACGGUGUGUCUAUGUUCUGCGUUCCGCAGCUGCUACGACCACCCACCAAGGACAUGCGGCACACGCCGCUUGUAUGUUUGCAAGUGCGCCCUUUUUUCGAACGAAGCUUCGUAGUAGGUGAGGCACACUUCCGUUUUAACUGUAAUUUAUUGAUAUUUUAAAGUAUGCUUUUGAUAUAUACUGAACGAAUGAACGACGAUCGACGGAGGAUUUGACGACGGAGUGUUAGCAAAGUAUGAAUUAAUAAUUUGUUUUUUUUUUGUUUGUCAAUGUUCUUUUUACAUUUGAACCACUUUCUGGCACUUAACAUGUAGUGUUGUAAUAUAGUUUGUUUGUGUAUGGGUGUUACAAAAAAGGCACAUUGGAGCGUUGAAGAAAUUGCGACAUAAAAUUUGCGAAAAGUGAUGUUAAUACACUUGUCGAUAAACAGUUGAUUUAGAUGUAUGAUAAAACAAAAAAGUUUUCAACCUAACAACACUCACUACCUUUUACUGCCAUAGACGGGUUUCACCAUGGAAAUGGAAAUCUUAUCUUGCACCGCUUGUAUGUAAGGCUGAAUACCAAGGAUUUCCCAGAUGAUGUGCAUAUCAUGUAAGGAGCAGCGACCUUGCUUAUUGUAUAUUUUCUGAAUAAUUGGUAAUUGGCAGGCUACAAACGGGGCAGAGAUAUUUAUUUCCGGUCCACUUCUAGCAUUAUCACCCAAAAUCGAAAUUUACUGCCAACUUUAACGCAUUAUACUGAUAUGCCAGCAGCAUAUGCUGCUCCGUAUGGUUCGGUUAAUGCAAGUGUUCAGAUCCGAUCAAAUGCAAUCGAUGCACUUAGUCACAUUUUCGGAGCACAACUUCACAUGCAAUGUGAAAUCUGCUUACAUCCAAAUGCCGUGCUUUACAAUAAUUUUGACCCAUAAGUAGUUGUAUAAAUGUAAUCAGGUUCUCUCAGAAGACUGCCACCAAAACCAAUCAGCACUAAAAUCGUACUCUGCGCUUCUUGCUUUGCACAGCAAGAUAAAUACUCGCACAGCGUACAUUCCCGUUUCCAUUUAUUUGUAUUGCUCUUUGCUUCUAUCGAUGCAGCCGUACGGAAAAAUGGAACACACUCCUAUACGAAUACGAAUAGUAAAAACGAAACGAAUCUAAACUAAUAGGAAAAAGAGAAAAAUCGCGAUAAUAAACAAUAAUACUAAUCAAA